GGAGGGAUUAGAGAAUGAUGCCUGGUGAUAGGCCCCCCAGCAAACAAACAGGACCUAAAGGUUGAAAGGAUUUGACAUGUCAAUGUGAUACAACAUUUUCCUUCGACCCCUUGACCAGUUUGCCUUAUUUCAAGUGGCUGCAAUGUGGCAGAAGGUCUUUACUAGAAGAAUUUAAGGAUGUUUAUUUGCAUUGUUUCAAAGUUUUACAAAAGCCAGGAGGUGUUUUACAAAGACUUUAAGUAAGGUCAUACUAAAAUGUACUCUCACUGGACUAAUAGGCAAAUAAUAGAAGGCUAAAUCUUUUCUCUAGGCCGAGGACUUAACACUGCAGCUUAUAUGACAACAGGAGUAGGCCUGUUUUUAAGAGGUGCUUUAUCAGUUUCACACUCAAAGACUAGUUUACUAGUCGUGUUAUAAAUUGUCUGCUAUGGCUCUAAAAGGAGCCUGAAGUCUUGAAAAAUAAUGUCCAUGGGUUAUUUUGGAUCACUUCUUCAUGAUCUUCUUCUUCUUCAACAGAGAGUAUUUGUUACAAACUGGAGGUAUAAACUUUGAGAUUAGCUUUGGGAAAAAAAAGUCAAUACACAGUAUCCUAGCAUCACUGAACACGGUGGUUUCAGGAAAAAAAAAAUAGAAUAUAAAAAAAAUUCAAAUUAAAUAUGCAGGAUUAAAGAACGUUUUGAUUGAUCAUAAGAUUUCAAAUGCAGUAAAUGUCGAAUUCCCCAAAAUGUUAAUGAAUAUAAGUUUGUUGUUGUAAACUCCAUUGCUGGCUUUUAAUUUAGCAUAGCGUAAAAAAAAUCUAUAUGCUUUUGACUUUUGGGGAAUCUUAGAAAUGGCAGCUUUUGUAAUCACUAUCUGUUUAUAUGAUGUGUAGAUAUUCUUUGACUAUGAUAAUCACAAUAAGUAUACAAUGUCACUCUUGAGUUUUCACUUUUUUUCCAGCUUGAUCAUGAGCAUCAGCUGUAAAACACUAUUUAUUUAAUCUAUGUUCAACAAAAAUAACUGUUCGGUUGUGAUGGGGGAAAAUAACUUUUACGCCUCUUGAAAUUUUUGCUCUGUUCCCUUUUCAGUCUUUUUAAUUCAAACACGUUUCAUCAUUUUAUUGUGUCUAUUUUCUGUUUAAUUUCUCUAAAUCUAUUUCCCAACAGCAGGGGUUUUCUGUCCAUUUACCUCUGCAUGCAGUGAUUUGGUUUCUCAGUUAUAUGGAAGGCAUUUAGUGCCACAAUUUACCGAUUUCCGAUGUUGCAGAAAAUGUUGGUUUACAUGUUAGUGUGGUAAAUAAAACCUACAUUAAAGUACAGUCUCACAUUAAUAAUGACACUGGUACCAGAUCCAACUCACAACAAACCAAGAAUCUACGCCAUUAGCUUAUAAUCGAAUGGCUAAUUUCCCCAAGAGGCAUAUCGGUUGUAUUUUACCAGCACCAAGACUUCUCUAGUCAAUGCUAAAGAAGGAGCUAAUUAAAGCAUAGGUUUUCAGUUAGUUGAAAUCAACACCGAUUUCUCUGUAUGACCCACAAAAGCAGGAAAAAAAAAAUUGUGCCAUGAAUAAAAGUCCUAUAUAUUUUUUUGUCUCUAACCAUUGUAACCAAGUAGGUGUCACUGUAUAUUUUUUCUUUUCUCUUUCUUUCUUUUUUAACAUUUUGAACGGCAAACAUUCACAAUAGGUAAACGCUUGACUAAGAAAGAACGGUAAUACUUUUUGUCGGAAUGUUCUGUCUUGACUUUUACAGGACCAGAUCAGAAGGGAGACAAGAUGUCUUCGUCCAAAGGGAGUGCCAAAGUCAACUCAAACCUGAAGUUCUUCGCAGUAGCUUCGAACACAAACUCUGUUAUAAUAUUACAUUAUAACUAAUAAAACUUUGGAAGUACAUUCAGGAUAUUUAACCAUGACCACCAGAUGCUUUACGGAAUAUUUUAACAUCAUAAAUAUACAAAUUAUAACAUUUUUUAAAUGUAGUCAAUAUGUAACCCCCAAUACUAGGCCCCCAGAACACAUACAGUUGUUGAGUAUAAAAAACAAGCAAUUAACAGAUACAGGACUUACUUAUUAAUUUGUUUUUUGUACUACAGUGCAAACAUUUUUAAUUCUGCUGUUAUAAAAAUUUAAAAAAGGCUAUAUGGGUUCACUUUGCAACUAGAGACAGUUUAUCUGUUUUAAGCAUAGACUGUAUAUAGAAUGGACAGCGUUUGCCUCCUCGCUGGGUGAAGCCACUCCAAGAACAGCACCCUCUGGUGACAGGCUGCAGUAUAGGUCAUAAAUCCCACCUCCGCCAGCAAAGUGUAUGGGGCUGUGGACAAACUUUGGAAAUUUAUUACACAGAACAUAAUUUUUUCUCCCCCCUGCUUGUGAUGUUGACAUGUAGUUACUGUAAAGGUCCUUACACACCGGGAGCGUUUUUAUCGUGAGAUUAUUUCAGAUGUCAAAUUUUUUUUAGAUGUUGUUUUUUUUUUACAAUGUUGGUUUCAGGAAAUGGAGAAAAAAUUCAGAUAACCGAGAGCUUUUUGGCUUCAAAUCCAUAUACAAGCGGAAGGUGGAACCAAGUUGUCCAUAGUUUAAACAGUCUAUGGCAGAAAUAUAAGGCAGAAUGAUGAAGGCAUUUUGCUUUAAGACGUGGGACGUGACGGGUAAAUAUUGGCACGGUUUGCUUUCCAUACAGCACAGUGCGCGCACAUUACCCGCGUGGUUUAUCUUUUCUGGACUCGCUCACGGGAGUGAAAAAAAAGACUUGCAGCUGAGCUCGAGCGGUAAUCUGUGACAGCUGGAAAUGGACAGCAACAACGGAGUAGCCGUCAAGUCGUCUCUCACAGGUAGGAAAAUCUAUACUGUUGUGUUUUUUUUCACCUGUCGAAGACGCUCUUUGAUCUCGUGUCACGUCGUGCUCUGAGGUUAAUUGUUGAAACAUUAGUUCGACAAAUAGGGAGCAGUUUUAUGCUCGUCUUGAGGUUGAAAUUCAGGUUGUUUGGUUGUAAAGCUGCUCCAAUAUGUUUUGUUUGUAGCUCACAGUAACUGCGGGUCACUUGGCUGAGCUCGGUUCAUCCUGAAUAAAAGUCAGUGAGUCUGCAGUUUUCUGGGGUCGUGUCGUUGAUAAGGUUGACAGGACUACUUUUCCUGUGUGUGAUUUAGUUUGUCAUGCGGUCGUUUUACCUUUGAGGCAACUCAUUCACAGUACAACAGACCUUCCCACGAGGAUGCUGACAAUUUAAAGGCCUCUGAAGGCAUGUCUUCAAUUUCAAUUAGUUUUCGGUGUAAAUAUUGGGAUUUAAAUUACAUUUUAACUCACAAAUACAUACAAUACAUGUGCUUUGCUUCAUUUAAAAUCACAAUAUAAUGUUUAGUAAUGAAGGUUAAUUGUUAAAAAACUGCCCAGCCCACAAAAGUCUCAGUUAGUGUGUGUCUACCUUUUAGUGUUUCAUGAAUGUUUUCACACUGCAGAACUGUGUAACUGUGUGUGUGUGUGUUUUAUAGUGGUAGAAAAUCAGAUAUUUGAGACUGAUAAGGGCAUAAAAAGACUGUGGGAUUUUUCAUGGAGGAUGACAAAUAUGCCGUUUGUCAUGUAAUUCAUCAUGAGGGUGUCUUUUUCUUUUGAGGCAGGGUCACUGAAGUAAUUCACUGCCUUGAAAUAUAUAUAUAUAUUUUAAAGGAUAGCCUGUUUGUUGCAGCAGAGGAAAAAAGUAUGAACCCCAAGUAAUUGUUUUUAUUCUAUAUGUAGCUUAUAUCAGACGAAUACACUUUGGCUUAGUCUCCUCCUGUUUAUAGAGCAAUAAUGGUGUCACCCGGCUAUUAUCGGGCUCUCCCCUUUGCUUCUCUGCGGCAUAAACGCAUACCAGUCUUUGUGUAGGUUCCUCCAGUAAAGGAUACACAUGGAUUUUUAAUCUUUUAAAAUUCUGCUGCUUUAAUUUUACUCUUAAGUUUUUUGUAAUUUUGUUUGUGUUUUUAUGUUCUGUUUGCCACACGCAUUGCCGGUUUGACCUCUGCUGUAUCCGUGGUGAAGGAUGUAAAUAGCGUUGGAUGAUACUAUCUGACAAAUUGAUGUACAGUAUAGCAAACCUACUAUUAAGGAGAAAGGAGUUUUCUUGGUUACAGUUUUGAUUAUUUGAUCAGUGAAAUAUAAGAUGUAAAGAAAAAUUCCAUCGAAUUUUCCUAGAUUCAAUUUUUUGUUUGGACCACCACACCCUAACCAAAACUACACUGAGAUUUGACUCAAGAAAUCAGCACACAGACCCGAUUACUAAAACUGUUUUUGCCUUUUGGAGCAUUUCACCUUUAUUUUGCUGAAACCUCUUAGCUCUUAAAAGACUAAAUGAAGCAAACUACAUGAGAACCUUUCACAAAGAAAAAUGUCAACAUUUUACAGCCUGGUUUAACUGAAUAUUUAUCUUGAUACAAAAUGAAAUGACUACAUGUUAUUGAUUAUUGCUGCUCAAUAUUCUGAUGAACAAAAUGAUGGUCUUCAGCCGCAGCUCGACACAUUUAGACCUCCCUUGUAGUGUAUCAUUUUGGUCAGCGUGUGUCUCGGCAGAUUUGUGUCUUUCACACUGUCAUUACUGUGAGUGUUGCAUUGGCAUACUCAGCCUCUACUCCAAUCAAAGUAGCCCCACUUAGACACCCAGCACUGUCCACCUCAUCAUCAUCAUCAUCCUCUUUAAUGACCUUCCUUGCCUCUGUCCCCCUCUGCGUCAGCGUCAUACCUAAAUGGCUCCAAAUAACGCUUGCUCGCCUUCCUGCCAAGCAGCGCCGCACUGCCCGAGAGAUGUAGAGAUGUUCUUUCCAACUGCAUGCAAGCAGUCAUUUUCACUGUGAACAAAAGGUCCUUGAUUCAUCAAAUCCCGCGCCUCCUACAGCUCACUCUCCUGGGUGAUGCUGUAAUUUUCACCAGCACUCCCCCCCUUGUGUGAACCUCGGAGAGUUGGCCAUUUUUUGCGCACCUAGUGUGAUUCUUUUCGGGCAUUUUGGUGGCUACCAAAACAGGGUCAGACUCGCUCUACAUGCCGUAUGAAGACAUAGAAUAACAGAAGGAGCUUUUCAAAGACAGGCAAAGCUGGCUAUUUAUACAGAAUUAAGCCCACCGUGCCUUAUUUUAACAGCCCUCUAAUUUUGUAACAAGAAAACUGCUUACGUAAUGAAAGAAAAAGGAUUACUGCUUUUAAAGAUGAAUUUGAAGAAAUUGGGAUUAUCUUAAGGCACAAAGAAACAAUUUCAGGGUGAAAAUAUCAGUGCAGAAUGACACGAGAGGUCCCAGCACAUACAACAUAUUGUGGUGCAAGGCCGCCUGAUGCUUUGUGGACAAAAAAAGGAAAUUAUAGGGAGCACUGGACGACAAGAGCUGCAUAGUAAUAAGGGGACCUUACCUGUCUUACCUGUCUCCUGCUCUGAGUUUAAUAUUUAUUUAUCUGUGGAGGCUCAGAGGCUUGUUCUGCAAACAGCGAAAAAUACUCUGAAUCCAGUUUCCAUUCAACUAAUUAUUAAAGCUCUAUAAGUGGGUGAUCUUAAAUAUUCACCCACAAAUAUUCACAUACUGAAAUUAUUUAAACAGAUUUGUGAUGCGAGUCAAUGUGUAGUAGGAAAAGUCAAAUUUCUUGCAUUUCAUUUUGAGCGAAAAUAGUAUACAAAUGUGUUUUCUAGGUGUUUUCUAGAUGUUUUCUAGGCCCUUUGUGUUCCCUCAUGUCUCAUGAAUUUAAAUAUAGAGUAAGACAUCUGUGUAGGACUACAAUACAUGCAGAUAUUUUACCUGAUAAAAAAAAUUGUUUCAGCUCCAGCUUUUUUUUAAUUUUUACAUUGUUUUAAUUAGUUGUUUAUACUUUUCAUUAACUCAAAUAUAAAGAAUUAAUUCAAUGAUUUAUAAAAAUCUCAGCUCUCUCCUUCCGGCACGAGGCCAGGCUCACAUAUCAUUUCUAUCCCUAACACUGAUGAUGAAGCUGAGUGACCACCCCAUUUUAUCUCCCUCCUCUCCCUCCCCCCUGUCUCCCCUACCUCUGAGCGUUUUUCUUCUUUUUGCCAUUUGGCCGCCGCCGUCUGUCUCAGUAAAAACCAUCAGCUGUGAAAUUGAGAAUAAUCAUGUGGAACGAGAUUGGGAUGGGAGCAGCUUGAGCUCCCGCCCUUCAAUGUCAAUGAACUCAUGGCUCCUGCUGAUAAAGUUCACCAAGAAAUGAACAACCAACUACAAAAAUGCUUUUGAGGUGUGCAGAGAAUAUAUUUAUUUUUUCUGUCAUCAGUAUGACUAUCGGUUCAAAAUGGGUUUUUGAUUUAUUGUUGUCACUAACGUGUCUUUAGAGUCCCUGCUCAGAUUAUUUUGUGAGGCUUGAUAUUACCUUUAUUGACUUUGUAAUCAGACACCUAAUCAGCAAACCUUCAAUUUAUAAAAAAAAAUAAAAAAAUUAUUUUCUUUGAAUGACCUUUUCCUCACACUCUAAAUUAAAAGAAGAAAAACAAAGCUAGAGUACAUAAAGGUCUCAAGUCAGUAGCUUGGAAUAAAACCAGCAGAGCAGCACACAAAGAAGGUGGAGCAACACAUUUAGCAACCACAUUUAAAGUAACACUGUAGAGAUAGGUUUGGUUAAAUAAGCCAGACUGAAUUUGUAAAAUUAAUCAAGUGAUCAGUCUAUUUUGACUUCAAUAUCCUGACAUUUAUAACUCAGUGAAAUAGCAUGGCUUUAAAAAUGUGUGGUACAAUAGCAAUCUGUGUGGCUGAUAAUCAUACUUCAAACUUUAGUAUAGAUGGUGUAUAAAGACAAACAAGAUACCUUAGUUUCAACACAAACUUCUGCCACUGACAGAAAAUAAUAGGUUUACACAUGGGAAAUUUAUUCCUAUUAAUAUGAACACAACCAUUAUAUCUUACAUUUAAAGUAGCUCCUGAAUAUGCCAGUUCAUGCAUAACCCUUAGCCUUAAUAACCCAGCAGAAUUUCACAAGAAUUUUGAUUAAUAUUGAUUAAAAAAUUGAUAAAAUUUUUCCUGUUGGCAUCAAAUUAAAAAUGGGAACACAUUUUUUAUUAAACAAAUUUUACAAAAUUAACAAUAAAUGUGUUGGCUUUACGUUAUUUUCAAUUAGAUAUAGGUUUUCAGUGAUAUGCAGAUAAUCAAAAUAUGUCUUUAUGAAAUUUUACUACUGUCCCAAUUCUUAUAGAAUUAGAGUUGUAGUUGUGGUUAACUUUGAGUUUGAAUGGCGUUUUCUUGGCUUUUGUAGUCAGUCUCAAGUGGAAGCUCAAUAAAUAACAUCUUUUGGCUUCAAUAUUGCACUCAAGGUUCCUGUUUGAUUAAGAGGUAACCUCAAUAAAAAAUGACAUUGUUUGAUAGACUUGAAAACUUAUCAAAGCCAGUCACCAGUUCAACUAAAUAUCUACUUUAAAACUUGUUGUUUCAAGUUUUAACUUCCUUUUGAUUAACCUGCUAGUAUUGUAUUUGAGGAAUACCUCCUUUUAUUAUUGUGGUUCUAAUUUAAAAAUUAACAUACUCCUUCUAGAAAACAGACAAUUUUAGUGAUUUUUUCCCCCAGUCAUUUGGUCUGUUUCCAUAAAAAUAAUCCAUUAUCCACAUUUUAUUAAAUCACUCUUUUAAUGUCUGACCUAUUGUCUGAAAACCGUAAAUACAUUUACUUUUGUAUUAAUGGCAAUAUGAAGAAAACGGUCAUUUAUAUCUGAAAGAUCUAAUAAAUCUAAAAAAGAGCCUUAAAAUCGUAUUAAAAUUAAUAACCAAAGUAGUUUGCAUUUAAUUUUGUCAGCGUUAAGGGGAAUCGAAUUCACAAGUAAUCAUUUCAGCUUCAUUGAACAGACCUUGGUGUCAUAGUAAAGGUGGAUAAGAGAAAAUAUUACUAAUAGUAAAUGUGAUCAAUACCUCCCACAUUCAGGGCACUGUGGUUUCAUGCACCAGAGAGCUCCUGGCGGCCAUUUUCUGCCCAGGAGUGUAUUGUUGUACCCCUCGACUGUGAUGUCGCCACACUUCCUCUGCAGAUGUCUGAUAGUCGCAUGGAAACAGCGAAAACAUUUUUUUUUUUUUUUUGCCAGACACUUUGUCUUGUUUCUGUUCAGCUGCAAAUGCAAAACAAAAGAAAAAGCAACACAUAAUCUGGCAUCAAUAAUGAUUUGAAAUGGGCUGUCGGUAAUAUAACAAACCACAGUCACCCUCAGAGAACGCCCCCAGCGAUAAAUGUGCAGUGAACACCUUAUCAAAACAGACCCACAUCAGGUUUUUCCUCCCUGAACCCCCCCUCCCCACUCUGCCUCACCUCCGACACUCUGAAAUGGAUUUCUGCUUAAGUCUCCAUCAAAGCUGUAAUGGCUGUGGGGCUGUGUCAUUACCAGUCAGACGACUCUCUCCUUCACAUAGCGGAGGCUUAAACCUGCAUCUGUACUGAUAACUGUCAUCUUGAUUUGGCUGCUUAGAAGCGAAGACCGGGCAGACCCACCUCCCCGACACUUCGCUUACCCCCCCUGCUCAAAGGAAGGUCUGUCAGCUGGAGACGACGGUGCAAAAACACACCCUUAAGGUGCUAAAAAAAUGUCCCACUCAAGAUUGAUAAAGACAUGUAAUGACAACACAAGACAGGUCAAUACUGGGCUGUGAUAUGCUCCAAAGAAAAACAAGAGACUCUGUCAACAAUUGGAGCGUUCAAUUCCCUCUAGUGACUCUGCCCAUACCUGUAGGUUAAGUGCUAAUACUCAAGACUCUGGAAAUAUUUUAGACAAUUUCAGGACAUUUAGGCUCUGGUAUUUUUAAGAAACUAUGGAGAUUGUUGCCAUGCUUUCUUACUUCAAAAAAUAUGGUUUGUGUACUUUUUCACUCAGGGGGGGCUGCCAGAAGAAAAACUCUUCAGGUCCUUACACACCGGAAACGACACAAAUACAUGAUGCAAAAUUACAAAAUAUUCGGGGAAAAUAUUGACACGCCUGACUAUACACAUCAAGCGCAGUGCAGUUUUGCGACUUUCGGUACAUUAUGGUAUGUUGUAUCUGAACAGGUUAGCUUACGAGCUAAAGUUACUUAGCACAGAUAAAAGUUAAAACAAAGAUGUUUAGCAAACUGUUAAAGCACACAAACUAUCGUCAUAUGAGAAAUCUAACGCUAUGACUCUCCACAAGUUGUCCUUCAGGUCGUUAUCUUUGUAAUAUUUGUGUUUUUAAUCAAAAAGCACUUUGUUCUCUGACACGUAAACAAUCAGCCGGUCGGCCAUGUUGGAUAUAUCGGUGAAUCUGAUGUUGCAACAACACGAAAUCUGAUUGGUCAGAAGUGGACACACCGUAUGUGAAACUUCUAGAAAAAUCAACCAUGAUCCGAAAAAAUAAAUGCCGCAAUAUCGCAGGUGGUGUUGCUGGUGUGAAUGCUUGUAUUGACAGGAUAUGGGUUCAAAAAAAAAUAUUAACAUCUGAAAUAAUUGCACGAAAAAAACGCUCCUGGUGUGUAAGGACCUUAAGUGCGAAUAGAUAAGACUCUGGAAAUAUUUUGAGACAAUUUCAGGACAUUUAGGCUCUGGUAUUUUUAAGAAACUAGGGAGAUGGUUGCCGUGCUCUCUUACUUGAAAAAAUAUGGUUUGUGUACUUUUCACUCAGGGACUGCCAGAAGAAAAACUCUUAAAGUUGGUCAGAACAAAUUUAGCCAAUCGCAUUCAGCGAACCUGAACAAGUCAUGAAAUUUUCAGGAGUGUAGUGCUUUUGUGACAGAGGCUGGAUGGACCAGCAGUUACAAGACAUGGAAAUAUGGAAAAAUACACAAAAAGAUUUUAGUUAAUCUGACAAGAUAAAAAUUUGACACACAGAUCAAACUCACCAAACUCCUCUGUGUGAAAACAUUGGCUCGUCUGACAUCUUGUUUUGACAUAUCCACCAAGAAAGCACUAAAAUAUGUAGGAGAAAUCUUUGUCACCCUUUAGCCAAAUUCUGCUGUUGGAGUAUUUUUGCAAGAAAUUUUCAGUAUGGCAAACAAUCAUCUAUUUUAUUUUGAUAUCAUGCAUUUUCAUUUCAGUUUCAGUCAAACAAUUGCUUUACAUUUCAAUUAUUUUUCUGUCUUUCUAAUGAAAACACUAUGUCUCUUGUGAUGUUUGCAAAAAGUCGGUAUCCUAGCGGCACUGAUGAUAGUACGCUCCGUUCAUAUGAAUGGGGGGGUGAACACACACCUUGAGGGCUGUGUGGGAAGCAGGAUUUUUGUACGGUCCAUUCCCUCUCCAAUCUCCUGCGGCUGUAUUUCAGGUAGAGAUUCAACUCAGCAGGCAGCAGAGUGACAGUGUGUCUGUAUUUGUAUUUGUCUGUAUGUGUGGUGUUGGAAAGCCCACAUAUCUGAACAUAAGUCAAAUUUAUAGAAAUAUAUACCUGCAUUUGUGGUAGAGAUAGACUGAUAAAUUAAAAAUAAUGAUGGCAUGAAAUAAUCAUCUUCACAUCAGCAUUGGCACUCAUGAGGUCGAUGUCACCAUCAUAUUUUUUGACAUGUUUUAACACCCUAAAUGGCAGCAUAUCGCAUUUAAAUACAGUUACUGUAAAUUUUGUGAUGAUAUGCAGAAUAAAGCAGUUUAAUAUGGGAGAUGUAUCCCUUUGACAUGACUGCAGAGAAAAUAUCCUCUGUAAUGGUUAUGGACAGAAAACAUUGAUUUCUUUUUCAGUCAAGUUUGCUAGAUUUUAUUUUAAAGCAUGACUUUGUUUGCAAGGCAGGUUGUUUUUGAGUCAAUCAGAUUUGGAUUUGAAACCUUACAUUUAAUAGAAAGUAAAAGUUAAUUUUAUUUCUCUUCUUUUAAAGAUAAUAUAUGUUACGAUAUAAUUCUGGUUCUGGGUUUAUUCUUGUCUCAUAAACACUUACAGAAGCAUUAUUUUCAGAUUUUUCACUGAAAUACAGACUAAAACAGCUGGCAGCUAGCUAGACAUUUAAACUUAAAGUGCUGUUGAGAUGCAGUUAAACGACUUGUGGAGUAAUUUUUUCAUCACCUGGCUUGAGUAUCCAGAGCUUUCUUUGUUUUUAUUUUAAGCGAUCAGUGGGUAUAUGUUAAUCCUUCAGCUGGAAGUCUUGGUUUCAAGUGUUUCAGUCCACUGGGAGCUGAUAAUUAAGCGAUGUCUGACACAGCUAAUCAUUUAGUCUUUGUUAAAACUGAACUAUAACUGGUACAUAAAUAUAAUACGGUAUAAUCUGUUGGAGGUGGGCUUAAACCAUUUCUGUCUGUUGCGAUAAAUUAGUAACCAACAUGGAGAAAUAGACAUCCAACAUUUAUGAACCCGUCCCAAACUGAAAGAGGGAAAAAAAAACAAUCCUCAUUCAGAUAUGUUUAUAAAUCCCUUUCAGUAGCUGUAGCAUGUUUGUGCCCAGAACAGUUUAUCAUCAUAAAUCAAUUGCACAGAAAUGAACCUGUUAUAGAAACAUAUUUUUGGGGGAUAAUUUUUCUGUGAAAACGCGUAAAAUGACAAAAUAAAAGUCUUAUAUUUUCCUGCAGGCAUAGAGAGAUAACAGCUGAAGUGAAAACCCAGCAAAAACACAGUCAUUCUGCAAAUACUAGCGGACAAAGCUCAGUUUUGGUCAUUCCUGCCCUCUUUUGUUGUCCUUCAAACAUACAGUUAUGCUUCACACCUGAAUCCUCAUGCAGCUUCUUAUUCUGGAAUAAUUUUGCUCUUUGUUCCCUCAUUAAAUGGAGCGUUAUAUUCCCUCUAAUGGCUAUUACUGCUGAACACAAAGGGGCAGUGAAGCGGGCUAAAUUAAACGGUCGUUAAUUGAAGGAGUCAUUACAGCGUGGCUCUGCUGCUCGUGUGCUGCCGUCUGUUUCUGUUGUGACUGAAUCACAGCGAGCUGAUGGUGAAGCCUCUGGUCUGUUUUGACCUCUGAAAAGUCAGGAUCAUCAGUCGUUUAGAUAAAAGGAGUCCAAGAUGCUGUUUCAAAAAAGUAAACCAUAAGUUGGUGAGGCCCGAUUUACUGGUUUACUGUUUUGUUUCUACCUGUUCAGUCAUGGAAAUGCUCAUAUCCUUCUAUCUCCAGCAUCCACCUCAUGGGGACAGAUGAACACUUUUUAUGUCACCACACUGACUCAAAAAUUUCACAAUUGUUUUUCCAUAAAGCUGAUAGAUUUUUUUUUUUCUUCAGUGUUUUGUAGGAACUGUCACUUUACAUGACAACAUUUGCUCCCAGUAUUUGGAAAGCACUUUUAAAGCCAUUUUACUGUCAAAGCCAAACGUUAUGAAUCAUCUUCUGCCACCAAGUAAAAAAAAAAAAAGCCAAACAGUUUGGGUGAUUUUAAAAGUUACGUGUAUUUUAUCAAGUUAUUGUGACAUCUGAAAAUCUCAACCUAAAAUUGAAUCUUAUACUGAGUGGAGUGAGAAGUUUACCUUUGAUUUAGUGACACACAAGCAUCUAGAUGGUAAAGCAGAUGUCUUUUAAAUGUAGUGAUUUUGAGUAAAAGUAAUGGUUCAUUUAAAGCCCCUUGAUGGUGUUUGCUCAUGACAGUGUUAGCAGUAUAAUCUCUACUUUGUUAGAAAGUCAAAGUUAGGCGUGUGUCAGAUUAAACCAAGACCAGGCCAGUGCUAGUCUCACAAUACACGACACACUUUUAUUCCCCAGAUGUAUUUCAAGAUUAAAAGGAAAAAAAAAACUGUCAGUGUGAUAUUUUGAAUCCAUUUGGUGCUGUUUAUUCUAGAGAUUCACUGAUUAUUUUUUUUCCGAUCCGAUCCGAUCCGAUACCUGGGCUGAGUGUAUUGGCCGAAAUCCGAUACCGAUCCAAUUCUACUGUUGAAUGAAUGAACUGUAUACCUUGCCCUGUGAGUGAGAGCAUUAGGCUUGACAUUAACCUUGUUUAAAAAAAAAAGGUAACAAAUUAACACAGAUAUAAAUUUACUUAAUAUUAAUUAUUAACAAUGAACAAAUUGCACAUUAGCACACAGAAAAAGAAGUAAUACUUCCAUGUAAACAGUUACUGCAAAAGGAUAGACAGACAUAGAAUAUAGAACAAACAGAAUUGUUGUGUUGCUGUGUAUGAUAUUAAUUAAAAGAAAAAAAAGGACUGGAUCGGAACGCUGGAUUGGCAUCAUUCAUCAGAUACCCAAUCCACUUAAUUUGUCAAUAUCAGAGCCGAUAUCCGAUCCAAAUAUGGGAUCCGUGCAUCCCUAGUUUAUACAUUACAAAUGCACAGGAAUGGUAUCUCUGCAGAUGUAGUCUUCACCGGUCAUAUUUGAGUUCAUAACAAGUCUUUUUUUUACCGAGGAAUAAAGAGUGGACAGUUAAUUCAGAUUGACACCUUCAAGUAUGAUCUUGAUCAAUCUGUAGACUGACUUCUGUUGACCACACUGUUUUUUUAUUGCUGUAAAUAUGACAACAUGGACAUAUUGAGAGUGAACCAAAAGAGUAUAGUGGAGGUAAAAGAGGACAUAAAAAUGAGGUGAAACUGGCCUGAUGACUCAAACUGUGAAAUCAGAGCUCUCGGUCACAUAAAGUCAUUGGGCUGUUUAGAAAUGAGACAAAGCGAAACAGACAUUAUUACUUGAGUGUUCGAAUUUGAGUAAAAAUUAAAUGAAAGAAUAAAAACAAAAUUAGUAUGCAGGCUAUAAUUAAAGCACCAUAAAGCCUGAUUUAAUCAUCCAUACUGCUGUGGGGAUUCUAUAUGGGUUUAAUUAUCAGUUUAAUGGUAAGAGUUUGGUUCAGACCACCACCACUGGCUGUCACACUGGUUUGUUUGUAUAAAAAGGUACCCAGAUGCUUCUCUCUGCCCCACCACCUUAAUGAACCAGUGAGGUAACACAGGCAAUUAAACCCUUUUUACCCCGGGAGUACGACUAAUUAAAAGUCGAUUCAAUUUAGCGUGUCAGGUUUCCAAUAGGAGUCAGCACAGAUAAGAACUCUGAGGAUGGAUGAUGGGGGGGAGUGUGAGCGAGGAUGCGCAGUGAUUUUAUCUGCAGUCAUCAUCAGUUAGAGUUAGGAGGAUUGUUCCAGGAAUAAAACACCUUAGAGUUUCUCACAAUGUGAUUUUACACAUCAGUAAUUCUCAUCAAGGUAAAAGGUAGUUUAAUCGAAAGACUGGAUGAAAGUAACUACAGCAGGUAGCUAAUAAUUAACCUAACAAUACGUAAGAUUCUGUUUUACAAACCUUCUGAAAUAUCUAAAUGUUUACCAACUCAUGAAAAUUGUCAUUAUAAGAAAGAAAUCUGCUCAACUGUGUGUUGCACAAGUCCAUCAGCGGUAUGCAGCGGGAUACGUCAGGAAUAAUUGAUCCCGUCUUCAUUCAAAACAGAUAUUUUAAAAGCAGUCAUCACCUUGGGGGCAGACUUCCAAAAAAUGAGCAUUUUUACUAUGAACAAAUCAUGAUGUUGUUGUUUUGACAAAUUUAAAGGGAUAUUCCGGUGUAAAAAUAAUUUCGGGUCAAACACACUGUAACACCAAGUUAGCCCCCCCUCUCGAGAGAUGAAUGUUGCCGACCAAUUGCUUCUCUAGUUAUACCAACUCUAGUAACGACCGCACAAUAGCAAUACACAGCGGUCUGAGAAGCCAUAAACAAACCUCAACCAAAACUCCACUCUAUACCCCAAAAUAAUAAUCAGAACAUCUUUUUAACUUUGCCUGAUUUCUUUAGCAUAGAGACUAAACACAACUCACCUACUCUGUUCCAGCUGCCGCUUGUUUGUAGCGAGACCUCAGGCCAGUCCAUUACGGACAACAGCGGGGUGACGCAGCUCAAGGAAGAAAAUUUAUGAUCAUUACUUUUUCAUUUCCUCCAAGUAAUAAUCACCAUGAUUAUCAUUUUGCACUGCAGACAGGAUAGACGCCCUGUCUUAGCGUCUCAGUCUGAUUGCAUUUCCUUAAAGAAAUGAUCAUAAGUGUUCUUCCUUGAGCUGCGUCACACCGCAGCAGUCUGUAAUGGACCGGCCCGCGGUCUCGCUACAAACAAGCUGGAAGAGGGUGGGUGAGUUGUGUUUAGUGUCUUUGCAAAAGAAAUUAGGCAAAGUUAAAAAGAUGUUUGGUGGCUAGUGAUGUGACUGGGACCCUAUAUGUACUGUUGAUGAAGUUAGGUGCUGUUCUGAGCAUUAUUUGUGGCUAUAGAGUGGCGUUUUGGUUGAGGUUUAUUUAUGGCUACUCAGACCACUAUGUAUUGCUAACGUUUGGUCGUUACUCAAGUUGGUAUAACUUGAGAAGCAAGCAGUUGGAAUAUCCCUUUAAGAUCAGUAAAUUGCGAAAGAAUCUCACUAGCUUCCUUUAUUGGGUUCAUAUUACUAAAUUAGGCCAGAGUGCGAGGAGUAUUGUGGGGGAUGCAGUUGAUGACAGUGUUGCAGAUGUAAACACAGCACAGAGGAGGAAGUCUUGGCUGGAAGUCAUUGACAAAUAAAUUGAAAGUUGGCAUCUGUUUCCAGAGACAUGUAUCACCUCUCCUCAUCAGACAAUGAUAGACAAUGGUUGACAGUAGGUCUUGGAUUAGUUCGUUUUGAUAGGUUGAGGUCAAUGUGAGUUUAAUUUCUGAAUAAUUUCACAUGAAGGAUCCUUUUAAGACUGCGCCGUAAAUUUCAUGACGGUGCUUUUGCACCUGUGUUCAUCCGUAAGUGAUGAGAAACAUGCGGAUAAUCAACUGGAGAGAAGCCAAAGCCUUCUUGGCUGUUUCUCUUUCCCUUUACAUUCAAACACUAGUUUUCAAUUACUUACUGAUGCAGCAGUGCUGAGCUGGACUUUCAUUUGGAAGAGAGUGAAUUAAAAUUGGCAGGGUGAGUUUGACAUAACAGCAGAGUAAAAUAAAGACAGGAUCAGCGUUUGUUAGUUUUUAUUUGAGCUCAUUUCUUCCUUCAAGAUUCUCCAGGAUCAGCUCUGAUAAAGAUCUUCAGUAUCUCUUCGGGAUACUUCAAGUUAAUAAGGUGGCUGCUUCAUCUGAUAAACUGUUCAACCCAAUAUUAAACAUUUGAUGUAAUGGCUUUGUAUAUACUGUACAACAAUCCAUUUCAUCCAUAAAAAGAAAAAAAAAACUUGCACCUGUUAUGAAAGGCCAGACACUUUGCAAGCUUCUCCUACUACAUACAGUCAGUUCUGCCUGUUUCUAGAUAUACUGGGCUUCCUUUAUACGACGUAUAUUCAUCAUCUGAGCAGCUAGACAUGGGCUAGACAAAUGACACGGAAACCCACCCUGAACACAUCUCUUAGUCAUCCUCAUUAGUCAUCCUCACCUCUAUAUCCCUCCUCCCACAUUCUGCUAUCACUCCACAUGGAAAGCAUACGUUUGCCCUCCACAUUGAAAGACUUUGUACUUGGCACGCCAUCAGCUGGCAUCAAAACAUUUGCAUUUUGCUGAAGUUUGACAAAUGGCAAGAAUGCACCUAUGUGGGAAGACGGACUUUGAUAUGGUACAUGUCACUGUGAUGUUACUGAGAUGUCACGAGUGCUGCAGCCAUUUUUUAUCAGCGUGAACAGUCUCAGAUCUGAGAACUUUAUGGAGCGUGAAAAGCAAAGGAAGAACAAACAGGCAGUGGUAUAACCCUGCUCUGCUCUUCUCCUUUAAGUGUAAAUAUGUGAUCAGGACUAUGCAUUGGUGCUGAAUAUGUAAAAAAAAAAAAGGGCUGAUUCGUACAACCCUUAAACAUCAUAGUCACUUCCCAGGAAAUGUUAAAGGGAUAUUCCAGCGUAAAAUUAAGUUAGGGUCAAACACACUGUAACACCGAGUUAGACACCCCCUCGAGAGAUGAAUGUUGCCGACCGCUUGCUUCUCUAGUUAAACCAACUUUAGUAACGACCGCACAAUAGCAACACAGCGGUAUAAGGAGCCAUAAACAAACCUCAACCAAAACGCCACUCUAUAGCCACAAAUAAUGCUCAGAACAGCACCUAACUUCAUCAACAGUACAUAUAGGGUCCUAGCCAUAGUACUAGCCACCAAACAUCUUUUAGCUUCGCCUAAUUUCUUUAGCAAAGAGACCAAACAGAACUCACCUUGUGGCGAGACCUCAGCUGAGUCCAUUAUGGACUACUGCGGGGUGACGAAGCUCAAGGAAGAAAAUUUAUGAUAAUUACUUAUCAUUUAUUAUCAUUUCCUUAAAGUAAUAAUCACCAUAUCAUUUUGCACUGCAGACACUGUAGUUCUUCUGCCUUCGUGUCUCAGUCUGAUUACAUUUCCAUGAAGAAAUGAUCAUAAAUGUUCUUCCUUGAGCUGUGUCACCUCACUGCAGUCCGCAAUGGUCUGGCCCGAGGUCUCGCUACAAACAAGCAGCUGCUGGAAGAGAGUAGGUGAGUUGUGUUUAGUCUCUUUGCUGAAGAAAUUUGGCAGGGUUAAAAAGAUGUUUGGUGGCUAGUGCUAUGGCUGGGACCCUAUAUGUACUGUUGAUGAAGUUAGGUGCUGUUCUGGGCAUUAUUUGUGGCUAUAGAGUGGUGUUUUGAUUGAGUGUGUGGCUCUCUGUAUUGCUAUCUGCGGUCGUUAUUAAAGUUGGUUUAACUAGAGAAGCAAGCGGUCAGCAACAUUCAGCUCUCGAGGGGUUGUCUAACUCAGUGUUACAGUGUGUUUGACCCUAACUGAAUUUUACACAGAAAUAUCCCUUUUAUAUCUUGUGGUCUGAUGCUUACCUCCUCACACCAAUUUCAGGCAGUAAAACAUGCAUUGUAGAAAUUUCCACUCUUGUUGCUGGUGUUGUUUUGCAUUGGUAGGAAAGCAUUUUUAAAAAGGUAUCUAUAUCAUUUUAAAUCUGUUUCACAGGCGGUUAAAAAGUCCUUAAAGUGACCUCUGUGACAUCUCAUAGAGCCUCUGCUGAAUUCUCCGAACAGCUAUUUCGCUUCUUUCUUGCCUUCAGUAAGGGAAGCAUACUCUUUUUCAGCGUACUGUACCAUUUUUACACAUCAUUUUUGUCGUCACUUGCAAUGCUAACACUUACAAUAAAUCCCCCUUUGUUGAGGGAAUGUGGGUUAAGUCCUAUUUUGAGCGUAGAAGAAGAGGAAGAAUGAGGAUUACCGCCGACAGCUUCCCUUCAACAGCCCACGGAGCAGCACAGUUGUACCUCAUCCAUCUCAUCAUAAUCAGCACUUCUCCAUAUUUUCAAGCUUUUCACUGACAGUGGAAAAUUUCCGGAAAUUAGGUGCUUUUAAGCAGUCAAAGCAAUUGCUGAUGUGUCUGUAAUUUGAAAAUAGGAGCUCACAGAGGUGAUUUGUCCAGUUUGGUUAUCAAAAGGUCAUUCAUGCAGCAACAAAUGACUUACAGACUGCACCCAGACAUUUCCUGUAAUUUUGGGCUGUAACCUUUGUCACACAUUAUUACUUCCCUCUCUUCUUGUCUUGUCUGUCACAGAUUCUUCAUCCUCUUUAACGUAACGGGCUAAAUGUGCUAUGACAGGUACACAUGGUGGCUGACAAGAGCAGCUGAUCUGCGAUGGCCCGAACGAGGCUGCGAUGCUCAAAUAACAUAUUUUAUUCUGCUGUUAGACUAUGUAUCAGUUAACAGCACUGGGGCAGAGUGUGUUAAACAACUAUAUCCUUAUGUAUACUGUACCUUUCCCUUUAUUGCUUAAGCGAAUGAAACUAUUGCACAGCAGGAUCUCCUCUAAGGUUAUAAUUGAUUUGAAUUUUUUGAGUUAAUUUUUAUCUGUAUUUUCUUGAUGAGAGGUAAGAUCAAAAAGCACCAGAAAAGGUAUUGAAUUGUACUCAAAAGUUAAAGAUGAUCAUCUGUAGUUCUGCAGCCCUUCCAGUUUUUCAGUACUCUACUUUCACUCAUGCAUAGGUCACAUUUGCUUUGGUCCCCACUGCGGCCUCAGGCCUCUCCCAGAUGGCCGAUGACAGAUGCCCACAAUUGCUGUUGCCCUUGGUUGGAGUUCAUUCCCUCCCUCCAGAUAAGAAAUAUAUAAACGGUCCUUACUAAGUUUCCCCCAAGUGUCCCACUUCCCCUGCUUGUCAGGCUGAUUUCUUUCCUGCCCAAUAGUCAUUACCACUAUUUAUUAUUUCUUUGUUUUCAUCCUGAGUUACUCGUCUUUUCUAUUUGUUGAAAAAGCAGGUCUUUUCUAGUUCCCAUCUUCCCUUCCUUCUCUCUCCCCUCCUCUCCUACUGCACCAGUCGUUGUCCUUGGCUUGAUCUGAUGUCCUUUGCUCUAUUCUAUCACGAACCUGGAUGCUUACCAAGGGUUUUAGCCACAAUGAGUGUCCUCCCUCUCACAGUACUUAUUAUGUCUUGUCACUGGAUAAAAAAAAAAAAUGAGUCAUGUUUUUCAACCUUGCUCUGAAAUAAUACAUGAAUGCAUGCAUAAUAUGUGCAUUUGCGGCAUUUGCAUUUUUGGCAUUCAGUGUUUGCAUUGCAUUAUCUUUAUGGGUAUUGUCAGUGAGUUGUUAACAGUUAUAACACAUUAUAGUACCUGACCUUGUAAGUCACAAUAAAAUGCUUUAUAAUAUGUUAUAAUUAUUGCUAUAAAGCAUUAUGAUAAUUUAUGAGUGUUUAUAACUAUAGUUAUACAGUGCUAUACUGUGAUUAUAAUGCAUUAUACAUAUAAAGCGUUGUAGAGAGAACUUAAAAUCAGUAACUUCUUUUAAUGUGGUCCAACAAACAAUAACAUUUUGGUUUGCUUAGAAAAGUUGAAAAUCUAUUGUGUUUAUAAAAAAAGCCAAAACAAGCAAUAACGUAAAAUAAAGUAUAAAAACAUCAUAAUUAAAUUCUUCUGCGUGUCAGUAAUUUUAUUCUGUUUCCAGUCUGUCGGCCCGGCCAUAUGCUACAGACACUUCAGUGUGAAAGACUCCAUCUGGAGGACGGAGAUAACGUUUUGUCCUUCCUGACAGUGGAAAAAAAAAACAUCAGCUUGUUUGAAGUGUUGUGAUUUAUGUUGGAGGUAGAGUAGGUGCAAGGACAGGGAUUUACUAUAAACAGACACCAGUGUUUCUGUGGUUUUUGCAAAGAUCAGGCCAAAGGAGUGCGUACAUGCCUACAAAAGCUGUGACAAUUUCAACAUUGUCUUCAUUACGAUGAGAAUAAAUACUUAAACUUUAAAGUGAUUGGUUUUACACAGCUGAUAUUAAUGAAUGGCCAUGUGUACAUAGGAGUUUGUUUGGUACCAGCCCCAUCAUGACAAACAGAAACAGUUUCGCUCUAAUUUAAAUGCUCAGUAACCCUGUUGGAUUAUUUUUGUAGCCUGUGUGGGCAAACACACUGCAUUACAAAGGGGUGGCAUGUAGAGGCCGCUUGGUCGUGUUGAGUCUCCCUGACCACCAGGAGACGUGACAGGUGAUUGGCUGCUUCACCCCUGAUCUGGUUUUCACACCACUGCAAACAACACCAUUGCGACAAACACAAGACAGGCAGACUUUGUGAAUCACACACACUUUACUCAGGUUUAUGUUUGAGUGGAUGGUGUUUCCAUGUGACAUAUUCUGUGAUUUUAUUCAUUCUGUAGCUCAUCUGAAUACUAUGCGUUUAAAUGUGGGUGUGAAGGUGUGUGUGUGUGUGUGGCGGUCUUUAGAUAGCAGUGGUCUAAUUAAAGAGCUGGCAUGUCAGCCUGCUCUCCCUCUUUGUUAAACAUUGGGUCUAAUCUCUUAGUACAGAGUAUCGUCGGUGUGUGUGUUAUCUGCUGAUAGCCAUGAGGUGUAUACAAGAUGGAUGACAAACCAGUACAGACAUUAGUUGGGAACCCAUCCAAGUCAUCCCAGAGGAUUGUGUAUGUAUGUGUGUAUAUGUGUGCAUGGUACUGCGUGUCUACUGGCCCACGUGUUUUGUGUAUAUUCAUAUGUUUGCUGAAAAUCUGACUCAAUAAAAGAUUGCGCAGCUUUUGCGCCGACUAAACCUGUGCAAAUAAUCCCAAAAGAUAUUGUCGAAUUAACAUAGCAUGAGGAAAGGUUUAAACCUUAAGGUCCUUUCACACCGGGACCGUUUUUGUCGUGCAAUUAUUUCGGACGUCAAUAAUUCGAACCCUUAUCCUGUCAAUACAAGCGUUCACAUCAGCGACGGUUUCCCGUCCUGCGAUAUUGUGGCAUUCAUUUUUUCGGAUCAUGGUCGAUUUUUCUAAAGUUUCGCAUACUGUGUGUCCACUUCUGACAAAUCGGAUUGCGUGUUGUUGCGAUGUCAGAUUCACCGGUAUAUCCAACAUGGCCGACUUGAUUCUUUACAUGUCUGAGAACAGAGUGCUAAAUGAUGAAAGACACAAACAUUACAAAGAUAAUGACCUGAAGGAUAACAUAGCGUCGGAUUUCUCAUAUGACGAUGAUUUGUGUGCUUUAACAGUUUGCUAAACGUCUUUGUUUUAACUUUCAUCUGUGCUAACAUAAGCUAACGGUUGUUACCAUGGUGUCAUGCACUUAUCUUAUCGCCUCUGAUUGGCUAUAUGUGCCGACCGUUUGGCUUGAGCGUGUGAUGAGGUUUCCAGCUUUUCUAGCCAAUCAGAGGCUAAGGAGGCGGGACUUCCCCCAGGAAAAGUCUUCCCCAGGAUGUGUCUUGUGUGUAUUUGUUUUGUGCUCACUUUCUUGAUUUGUGUGAAUUUCUCGCUAUUUUCCUGUUUCAUAGCAGAGGCUGACAUGUUUCUGUCAAUCAGUCUGUUCUUGACUUGAAAACUGGGACAAGGACAGAAGUCCAGUUAAAUCGCCUGAUAAAGCUGUCUCUGUAGCUGUGCGUGUUAUCCUCCUGAAUGUUUAAAUUAGGUCCACAACACCUCAGGGAAGCUCUUGUGUCCCCCAGAGCCGUCCCCCUCCAUGCCUGCUCCCACUGUCCUUCACAUCCACAAUCAGAAUCAUUUUACAUUGCACUACAUUGCCACGUUCAACAGACUUCAGGAAGUGACAGCACACCAAGCUUCUUAAACCAAAAACACAUUAUAGAGAGGUGUCUGUAGCUAGAUUAUAUAAAGUAGCCUUUUUUGGCGAGAAUCUAUCCCCGCCGGACCGGGCUGCACGCCCUACCUCUUGAGAGAAGAGAGGAGAGAGAAAACAGAAGCUGGAUGUUAAAACAAUGCAGGAAAAGCAGAGUAAGGAUGAGACACCUGUUACUCCCCAAUUUCCAUAAUUGCAAGAAGAUAAAUAAAUUAUUGAAUAAAGUAAAAGGAGAUAAACAUAUCCUUAAUUUGCCUCCUAAUUGACAUUAUUCCUCCUCGUUCACAUCCACUGACUUGUCACAACUGCUUUGUCUGAUAGUCUCUCUACUGUCCUUGGCAAACCCUCUGCCUGUGGACUUAAACAGCCCCUGUGGACACAUUUGGUCCAAUCCUGUCCUCUAGCUCCUGGAUUAAAGCAGGACAUUGUCUCUCCUCCUCCUGGGUACUGCAUAAUGGUUGAAUAUUUACUCAAGGGAGGAGUUUCCCCAUCCUUGCGAGGUGAUUCACAAACAUACAAAGCCAUUUUGAAGAGAAAUUGAAUGCAUGGAAGCUUAUUUUGACCAAACCCCAAAUACUGCAAUCAUAAAGCUUGUAGCAAACCUAAAUUUGUUGGCCUAAAUUUUGAGACAUAAUCUUGUUAUGAUGCUCACCUGCAUGACUGUAACUUGAUCUCUUUAAUGGGAUUGUACAUCAAGCCAUGGAUCUACUGAAUCUGCCUUUAGCUGCUUUUGGGGUUUUGUACCUUUGUCAAUAUUUCUCAGCAUUAUUUACCACAUAGACACGUUCAUUUUAGUUUUUUGCAUCUGCACAGCCGUGAUCUUCUUAGCAUCUGUCACAGUUUUGUAAAUGCGAUUACCCGGAAACACCUUAAAGGGGAACCACCAUUCUUAGCACUUUUGUCCACUUUCACCCAAGGACGAACUCUUAAGCUUUGGGACGCCAAAGAUAAAUUCACUAUGACUCCACAUCAGUCUUAUUCUUUUAAGAGUAAUACCUCAGUCCUCCAAGGAAAGAUGGCCUGCCUCUUAAUUCAGAUUUAUUACCAAAUUCAGACACUUCUGAAUUCAGCCAAUUAUUCCCUCCAAGUUCACUUUGAGUCUAAACUUAAUACUUGAAAAAGAUGUACGAGAUGGAAACCAAAACUUGAUUGAUCGGUGAAAGCAUGCAAGCGCCUACAUGUUCUCAGAAAGUGUGUGUCACUGUCUUCAUAUUGCAUAAAAUCAUACACUAAUACAGAGUGGCAUUUCCCCAAUGUUCCCAGUCGCGGUUCAGUCCAAGGAAAAUGUGGAGGCUAAAAAUAUUCCCCUCUUCACAGCUCCCACUCACUUACCUAACACAGUGAAUCACUGUAUGAGAGGAGCAUUUGCAAAUGACCUUGUCAUACAGAUCUGACACACAAAAUAGCACUCCCGCUGUGGGUUUGUGUAUGCCAACACAGUUGUGUCUGUCUUGUGUACAAACAGCAUACAGUAAAGUGUGAGUAUGCACUUGAGUGUUGUCCUGAAGGUCAUGUGAAUGUUAAUGUCUGAAUUGUGUGUGUGUGUUCCUGCGUGUGUUUCUUAGUAAUGUGUAUUUAUACUUCACUGAGUGGUCCAGGUGAGUCAUGUUUCUCCUUGGCCUCCUUUCAAAAUAAAGAGCUCUUUGUAAUAUUUGUUUUACUUGACCAGCAAUGGAAACAUCUUAACACAUUCAAGAGAAGUUUUAUAUCCGUUCUUACUUAUUUAUUACCAACUUUUAACCCACAAUGUAUGCUUAUGUUGUUGCACUUUUGUGAUACUUUUAAUUCCAAGCUCCAAGUAUCUUAAGUUCCUGAUGUUGGUACUUUGAGGGGGUCAAAUUUAUUGCUUCAGUUCUUGUAGAAAUGACUGAAAAGCAGCAUUUUCUGGACCAAGAUAAGGAAAUAUUUUUACCUGUAUCUCCACAAUGAAGCAGAGUCGGCAAGGACGGCAAGUUAGGACUGUAGAUGCUCAAGGAGUUGUGCGCCUGAAAGUCCUGAUUGUACUGCUUGUAAACAAAUGUUAUUUUUCCAAUAAAAAAAAACAAGAGCAAUUGCACCACCCCUCUAUUAUGUAUUUUCCAUCGCAACAUAAGCACUAAACUGUUUGUUCUGCGAAGCCACAGACUGUGCUGUAUCAAGGCACAUGAACUGGUUAGCACAAAAUACCAACAUGAGGAGCAGGCUCAUAAAAAUAAUCUCAGUGGGCUUACAGCCAUUGGGGGAGGCUCAAACCACUAAGUGUGGAAUCGCUGCGACUAGAUAACUGAACAGAACCCACAGUGUCCAGUCCAGUGGUCUUAUUGAGAAAAAUAAGCGUGUCCACAAUGGCCAGGUGUCGUUUGGGAGUGCCACUGUGUCAUAGUCAGUUCAGCGGUAGAAAGUAUGCUUGGAAGGCAUCAGAGUUUCUGGUGGUCAGACAUACUGGCAUGUCAGCUUUGCCAGUCUGGUAAAUCGCUCUGCAUUGACUUUCGGACCAGUCUGCUGGCUUUGUAUCCAUUGGUGGAGUAAUGUCCUGAAAAAAGUCCUCAACCAUUCGUGUCUGUAUCGCUGUGGGCUGUUGUGUAUUGCUCCCAUAAAAAAGACCAUGAUGUGGUCCUGGCUGAGCUCCUCGACUGUGUGAAACUGUUCAAGAAAUCACAUUUGACAUUACAUGUUUCAUCUAUUUCAUUGUUCAGAUAUUGAUCUUCACGUACGUUCUCUCCAUUCCUGCUCUAUAUGCUUCACUCUGGUUGUUCUCAGCUGUAUAGUUCAUGCCUUUUUUUCUUGAAGUUGCUGGUCUUAAUACUGUUUGCCAAGGUUUCAGGUCAGGAUGUUGUUUUUUUCUGCUUUUCAGUCCACAUGAGUGAACAGAAACAGAUAACAGCAUCUACCACCGCCGACCAAUAUCACCAUUUAGUUCUCAAAUCCUACUUUAUCCAGGAAAGCAGAAUUAAAACAUGACCUUAUAGACAUGAAUACAUAUUAAAGACUUGGCUGAUAACACAUCAUCGAAAUAUAAACAGUUUUUACUCAUAGGUUUUCUCAUAAUAGUUAAUUCUGCAGAGGAAUUAAAACAUAAAUCAUUGACUAAAUUUGGCUUUCUCUUACAGAACCACUCAGCUUCAGCUCUCUGCAGAUUUUAUUCUGUGUUGCCCACAUUUCCACUUCCACCAUCCAGCAAGAUGUGCCUUUUUGUCCAUUUUCUUUGCCUUCUCUGCAGAAAAUUGCAGCAUAAUUGAGCUGCAAUUUGUGUUGAAAUGGUUCAAAUUCACGAUUUCACAGCCAGUGUGGGGUUGCCUAGCAACGCAACUGUAAUUGUAGUCCACCUGUCAGUCAGUUGUUAAGUCGUCAUUUUGACCGUCAAGACUAUAAAGAACAGUGGGUGUCGGUGUUUUUGUGAGGGGUCUCUAUCCUUUGAAAGUUAAUCUCGUCUGGGUUUUUUUCGCAUUGUGACUCACUCAUCACUCCGUUAUAAUAACAGGGCUGGUGAUUCUUAGAAAGUCAAAUUAUAUAUUACUCAUAUUCCUCCGCUGGCAAUUUUUUCCAUGUCAGGCUGUAGGCUUUAUCAGCUGUCCACGUAAUGGAACAGAGAUGACAGGUGUUGCAGAGGGGAACUCGUCUUGACCUCAGUGUCUGGAACAACGCCAUCUUUUAGGGAGCAUAUGCUGAAACAUCCCAAUAACAGCUGCCUGCAUGUGAAUGCUGAAGGCCUUUGUCCAGCUAUUAACACAUCUGGAUUAGACCCGCUCCUUCCAGGAAGUUUCCUAAAUCACAGACAUGAAAGAGUCAUAAAAAUACACCGCUUUAAGUGGAUUAAAAUCUUGUUUAUGUUGGGUUGGUAGUCUAAACAGACAACCUGGCUGCCUGGAAUACACUCCUAAGACUUCUUGCAGCUGAUGAUCUUGUACUUAACAAGCUUUGGCUUCAAGAGAAACUGCUCAGAUUGUCCGGCAAUGACGCUAAUAGAAAGAAAAAACAUUACAGAGUCAAGCAGCCUUUAAAGUGAUGCAGAUAUACAAUUGCAGGGGGGAAUUAAAUGUAGCUAUAUAUAGAGAUGCCGUGCUCAACUCUGGUCACUUGGGAAAUUGGGGGAACAAUGAUUUGCAUGCAAUUGAACCUCACCCAAACUCUUUAGAUCAUCGUUUAAUUUGCAACAGGUUUAUAAAGAAAUCUGUGCCACUAGGAAACAUAAGUCAUGUCCCGAAGACAAGGAUGGCUUAAUACUCCAAACAUCUUUGUCACUCCUCACUGCUAAAGGUUUUCUUACAGCAGCCCCUCAUACCUCAAAGCUUGGCCUUGACUAAGUGUUCCCUGUGUGUAACUAGAGCGCAUAAGGCAGUACAUCAUACAGACGGGGACAGCAGGUUGCUGGGAGUUGUCUAAUCAGGUCCUGGUUUUUAUAGCCACCUGUCACCUCAGGACCCCCCUGGUUGGACAGUUAGUCUCCAUCAAAACAAUUUGUCUAGACAGUUAAUCAUUUGUACCCCAGUUAUGAUAAUGCCCUUAACUGUUAUUAAAACAAGGGAUACAAAAGUGUUAUUAUUACACCGCAUAGCCAUACUAUGACCUAACUUGAAUGGAUGGAUUAAUGGAUCUGUUGGACCAAAAUUUGACCUGCUGAUGGCACUAAAGGAAACAUAAAUUAUCGCCAAAGGGGGUUAAAAUUCGAAACCAUCCAGCAUGGACCUGAAUGGUAGACAGACUGACUGAACACAUGUAAGGUGUAAAACAGAUGUGUCAUUUUAUAUAUUUGGGUGACAAGAGCUUGUCGCAGUACGCAGUUGUCUGCAAUACAUGUGAGAUUGACAUUUCUGUCACUCUGAUGGCUUGAUGAGGACAAACUUCACCUUUGUCACUCGUUCUUCUGUCGCAUAGAGAUUGGCGCUCAUUAGGAAAAAAUAUCUUCUACUGAAGUCUAAUCAGGACAGGUGAAAACACCUGUUUUGGGUGGGGGAUCUUUUAAAAGCAACCUUGAGAUAAAGUUAUAUUCUCCCUCUUUGCAUAAUGGUGCCUUAAUGAUUAAAAAGUCAUCUCGUUUUAGAUUGUUGUACUUUUUAAGUUGGUUUUAAUGUGGAGAACAUGAGUGCAAAGUAGGUGCAUGAUGAGACAUUUGAAUGAGUUAAUCAGAGCAAGAAAAGAUAAAAUUUUGAUGACAAUUUUAAGAUAGCCUUAAUACGACGGAAUACAAAAUAUAUUCCGUAAGAUUUCAAUCUUAAAAGUAAGAUUUCAACAUUAAAGUCAUUAACUCAUCAGAAUUAAUUCAUUACUAACAAGAAUAAAGUCGUAGCAAGAAUAAAGUGAGAAUAAAGUCCUUAUAUUCUAACCUGUUGUUCUAACCUGAGCCGUGGAGCAUUUCGUGAAAAUGUACUUUAAUAAAGGUUUCUCAAACGAGGAGAUACUUAAUCUUUCUGCACAUCAGCACCACAUUAUCGAAAGUGUCAUAUUGAUUUCAUCACGACUUUAUUCUUGUAAGUAUUUACUUUAUUACGACUUUAUUCUCAUCAGUAAUGAUUUUAUUACGACUUUAGUUUGGUUAGUAAUGAUUUAUUCUUGUAAAUUAACGACUUUAAUCUUAAAGUCUUACUUUUUUUUUCCUUAAUGUGGCCUUAAUACUCCGUCGUACCAUAUUGAUGAAAUGUAUAAUUAAAAAUAUGAUUUAAUUCAAAUGAAAGUCACUAGAUACAAAACAAUCCAGGACCAUUUGAAGUGUGCUCAUUCAUAAUUAUCUUAUGAUGAAUGUCUCUUCAGCUCGACUUUAUGACCCAAUGCAGUGAAAGACAUGCACAGGGUGUAAGCGCUGUAAAAGUGUCAUCAUCCAUUUUGAUCUGAAGAUGCAGUGAGAAGUUCACUUGCACAGCAUUAAUUGUUUGUAUUGGUUUUUGAGUCUUUAUAUUUAUCUGUAUCGGUAUUAGUUUUGGCAUCAGCACCAAUGAGAAUGCCAGACAGUGCACAGAUUUCAUAUCAUGACAAAAUAGCAACCCCCUUCCUCAGAGGUGACCAGUUUCAUGCGAAUUGUUGUGAGACAAUAACCGAUGUGAGGCACGAGAGAAAGUGAGAAAAGUCACACCGAGCAAAUGUCAUCAAAUCAGAUUUUCUGAACAACAACAAUCCAUUUAUUUUUGGUUGCAAAAGUAUCAGAGGGAUACCUGAUAAAGGUCAAAUGCAAGUCUGAGUACUGAUGGUGUCAUCGGCACAAGCCAAAUUGAUAGAUGGUACCUUGUCCAAGUCCAAGCACUGAAUGUCAGCUCUUUAAGUCACGUUACAACGUGUUGACAGAGAUUCCAAGUUGAGGCAAGAGGGAACUGUCACGUAGGGGUGUGUGUCUUUUCUGUUGGUUUAGCGAUAUGUGAGAUGACAGGGUUAAUAUGUUCAUUUUGCAAAAGCCAAUCAAAACAUACCAUAAGAGUCCACACACACACACACACGAACACACACACACACACACACACACACACACACACACACACACACACACACACACACACACACACACACACACUCACUCCCUGUAAUCAAGCCUUGAAGGCUCUCACCUCUGCCAAAGACGUCAGGUUGGAUUAAAGAAAGAGGUUUAAUUACAAAGUGGUAGCAGGAGUUCUCAGUUUACACAUGCAUCAUUUGACCUUUUUCUUUAUCAAUAUAGUUUCAUGACAUCUAAGAAAUUAUGAAAUGGAGUUAAACAGUAAGACAAACUACUGUUACAAACACUUUAUUUACAGAUUUUUUGAGGACAUAUUGUGAAUAUUCUGACACACGAUAAAUUCAGAGUUUUUUUUGUCACCAGAUGUGUGAGUAAGAUAACUCUGGCCUUUCUUAUACAGCCCCCAAAACUAUAUAUGUUGAUUUAUAUUCAUAUUGAGAACCACCAUUUGGAGAAUGGUCACAAAUUCCUCUUCGCUAUAGGUGCCCGUGUGGAGAUCAUAACACUGUAGCAACAAGUGAGUCUCUUGAUGGAGUUGUUUAUGGGGUUGACGGGUCAUUUCCCUGCAGCUGUUUCAGGCCAUAAAGCAAAGAUGUCGGGCAUGCAGUUGGCAGGGAAAGUUAGAGGAGUAUUCGACUGGGAGACGGGACUUACAGGCAGGUGAAUUAGUAUUUAUAUCUGCUCUGUUGUUCGACCACCGACAUGAAUCAUUACCCAGAAUCCUUUAACGAGAUGUAAAGUCUUAGUGCUGAAGAAUACUGGACAUUUUGCAUGACUGUGACUGUGGCACUAAAUAUCAUUGAGUGGGUAUAAUUAUAUACGCUUCUUUUUUCCUCCAAGACUCGAAAGUUAUCUCAGAGUUUACACCGUUCACCAAAACAGCACAUGUGAAACUUAGUUUACAGUGUUUUAAUUUAUCUACAGGGCAAUUCUGGCCGUGAAAAUUUGCAGGGUUAUGUGUGAAAUUCUUAAGUGUAUUUACAUAAGAGUAUGCAGCAGGAAGCACCUCGGUUAUUUUUACAUGUUAUUACGUUUAAGAAGUCUGUUACAUAUUACAUCUGCUCAGUUGAAAAAAGAGAAACAACCAACUUUGAGCGCCUCGUGUCACGCUGAUUCAUUUUAAAUUUAACUUUAAAAGGAGCAGUAGGUCAGGAACAGCGAUAUAACACUGCAUUUAUGACUUGCGUUUCUUUACUUGGCUUUCUCUCCUCAUCUGACAGGCUGAUGAGUGUUGGUAUUUUAAGAGCUGCCAAGACCAGAUAGCUUCACCGCUAAGAGGACAGCACAAGAGAUACUGUGUUCACAGAUAAAGCUACUGAGUCUCCCUUCUUAGAGCUUUCUCCAUCCUGAAGCUGUUCAAGAUAAAAAAAGAAAAGCUCCAUGAUGAGGAGAGAUUGGACUGCGUACUCACUUGGAUUUAUCUCCAACCACAGAGUCCGUCAGUUUAGCCAAUGACUCCUGCGUGGAUAAAACUACCUGAAAGGAUCCAACGUCCCCUGACUGUAUUUAGAGAAAAGCACAGUGCUCUGACUCUGACGUGACGUGAAAGUUUUCUACAUCUUUUACGGCUCGUACUUAGAUUUUUAUGUGACACCCACCUGCUCAUUUGCUCGGUGUCAUGCUGUAUCAGGUCUUAUUAUCUUUAUGAGCACCGCCAAGUAAUUCGUCUUUUGAGGCCUCUAUUCAGGAGAUUUUUUGAUGUUUAAUUCCUUCAUACAGUCCAGAUGUCGUGUUAAAUUCUCUGCUUUUGUUUUCUUUCAGUCUUGCUGCACAUGAUGUGUUUUGUCAGAUGAUUUUAAAUGCAUGUCAAAUCCACAAAAACGUUUUCAUCAUCUACUCUCGUCUUUUUGCGAGCCCUAACCUGUUGAGGCAAACCUGAUAAAGGACACUGAGGAUAUGUUAGAUGAAUAAUUUGCCAUGAAUCAAUUAGGGGUCAGCUGCAACUUAGAUGAAUUUUGAGGUUGAUUUAUUAUAAUUGAUUUGGCAGCAGUAAGUUUUCUGAAGGACAGGAUGUUUUUCAACUUGCAGGCUUCAAGGUGGAGCAGCUUGUUCUGCAGAGUACCCGCAACUUAGCCUUGUAGCAAAAAGACUCAGGUGCUUUUUAGCUGCAAACUCCGGUGCCAGACAGACAGAGAAGCCCUGGCUGUGGUACAGUGAUCCAGCAGAAAGCAGCUGCUGUUGGCUGGACAUGUAACCUGUUUAAAGUUGGGUUUUAAUGGUGCUGUCAGAUGCCAGCUGACUUCAUAAUGUAGAGUGAGAGUUGCAGUUAAGAGGCCUCCAGUUUAUUAGAGGAUUUAAACUGAUGGGCAGUUUUAGACAGUUGCCAACAUGAGUGUCAGGAGUGUCACAGAGUAGGGCUGGGCGAUAUGGCCUCAAAUCAAUAUCACAAUAUAUUGAGCAGUUCACCUGGAAAAUGGACGAUAACUACUCCACAAGCUGCUCAGCCCCUCCUACAUUAACUUUGUCUACUUCAGCCGCUACAACUUUUGAACCGUCCUCCAUCUCCUCACCUGUUUUUCCCCUCUUUAAUAUGGACUGGAAGGGGUGGAGUCACGUCUCUGACAUAGGACAGCAUCUUAAAGGGACAUUAGACAUUAGCUUACCUACACACAUCCAAAACCAACUUUUAUUUAUCUAUUUUUUUGACACUGAAUAUAUUGACAUGGGUUAUUGUCGUAAUUUUCGGUAUCUGUAAAUUUUCGGUUUAUCGCCCAGCCCUAUCACAGAGUUUAAACCAAGCAUCUAAAGAAUAAUAUAUAAUCAACAUUAAAAUGAAUUACUCCUCUAAGGGGAGUGUAAUGGUCAAGUUUGCAAGUAGUCCUGAAAAGAAAUCAAACAAAACUGUCAUUUUUUCUGUAAGAGGACAAACGAAUACAAGCUCUGAUGAAAUUACCUUUUGAUACGAGUUGUGUUGUUGUACGAUGAACAGAUUUACCUUAAAAAUAUUAUUGGAAGUCUGCUUGGUGGGCUGUGGUCUCCUCAUUAGGUGACUGAAAUUCAACUUUGAUACCAAAAAAGGAGCACAUCAUUGGUAAAAUAUUUGUCUUAUUCAUUUAUAUCUGAACUGACUAGCUCUGGUUAUUAAAACUUUCUGUUUUGUCUCCAUAAAAAGACUUUGUUGACUCAAACUGUCUCAGAAUGACUAAAACAGCACUUCCACACUCCUCCUGUCUGACUUAAACUGUCUACUUUCUCAUCAAUGCUGAGGUAAAAUGGUUACAAACAGAACACUACUUUUGAGACAAGAGAUGCAGUCCUGAGCUGUUCUCCUGCUGCUGACUAACAGGAGUGAGACACACACAGCAGUCUGGCUGCAAAACAAUCAAUGUGUCCGGAUGCAAAAAGGACGUGUGUGUGUACUUCUUUGAAAACGCAAAAAGUUUUGGGUAAGGGCAUAGACACAGAUGAGUAAAAAUAAAAAGUUCUGUCUAAGUUAGGGGUGUCCAGAUACAAUAUUGAUAUCAAAUAUUGGUCCGAUAUCAGCCAUAAAACAAAUAGGGGCGGCAGCAGCUCAGGAGGUUGAGCGGUCGUCCAAUAACUGGAAGGUUGGCGGUUGUCCCCUAUCUCUAGUCUGUCUGUUGUGUCCUUGGGCAAGACACUUCACCCACAUUGCUCUCAGUGUGUGUCCUCCACUGGUGUAUGAAUAUGAGUGUUGUGUGGUGGUGGUCGGGCGAAUUGGCAGCCACGUUUCCGUCUGUCUGCCCCAGGGCAGCUGUGACUACUAAGGUAUUUUACCACCACCAAGGUGUGACUGUGUGAGCGAAUGAAUGAUGUAUCCAAUGUGAAGCGCUUUGAGGGUCUCUGAUAAAGCGCUAUAUGAAAUCUGAUGCCUUGUUAUUAGUUUUAUUAUUAUUACAUAUUAGAUUAUAUCGGCCUGCAUCUAAAAUCUGCGGUAUCAGCACUCCGAUACAAGCAGUCCAUUCCAGACUCCGCUCCAGCACCUCUAUUCAGCAGCGCCAGGAUCCAGCAUGCAGAACCCAUGUAAUCACAACAACAGUGUGUACUAAGGUACAAACAAGGUAGCAAGGAGAAGGAGUGAUGUUGGUCAUGUGGCAGUAUUUUUUGUUCAAGUCUGAAAAAGUCGUUGCAGUUGAGUGCAAAACUUGCCAUGUACAAGUUUGUGCCAAUAUUGGAUCAAUAUCGGUAUCGGUUGAUACUGAAGGUUACAAUAUCGGUAUCGUAUUGCAAGUAAAAAAAAUUGUAUCAGGACACCUCUAGUCUGAGUAGAUGAAGUGCUGAAACUAAUCAUAAUGCAGUAAGUUAGAAUAUUUGGUUUUGCGUUUUUAUAAAUAAAUGUAUUUUUGUAUUUUUUAUUUUGUAGACAGAAAUUUCCAGACUGAUGAAAAAGUUCUGUUUUAUUUGGAUUUCAUAUUUUGAUUCAAGGAUGUUCUGAAAGGUCUGAUCAAACAGUCCAAACUGAGCAGAGGUCAUUAACGUGUCUAAACCCAAGAUCACAGAGCCUGUGGGUAAACUAUGUCAAAUUGAUUUGAUGCAUGUGGCUAUCAUUAUUUUUCACUUUGUAUUCUCUUGAUUGAAUAUAAUCUUCCCAAAGCACCCGAGCCAGACACUGUAUUUUCCUUUUAUGUUUUUAUAUUUGAUAGUAUUGGGCCUCUCAGAAUCAAACAGCAGGGAUCCUCCCUCAUCCCGCUCUUUUUCUCCUCCUGUUUUGUGUCACUUUGUAUGAUUAAGCAUGUGUUUGUCGUGUCCAAGAGUAUAGUACAUACUUGAUUUUGUCUAAACACUCCUUGUUUCAUCACCACCGUCACCAGCUGUAGCCCACAUCUCCUCUGCUGCCAAACCCGCAGUAAAACAUCAUUCAAAUCAUCAUGGAGGCUGGCUGCAGCUUUGAUGUUUCUGGUCUGAGGCUGAUGAAUUCCAGCGAACACAUUUCCAUUCCUCUUUCAUCUCCCCACCAGUCAAAUUGAAUUUUCAGAACAGCAAAGAUUUUCCAAAUGAUGGUUUCUGUUUGGCGUGUUCAGUGAGGCGGGAGAUAAAGCGUCCAUCACCACGAGGGCUUAAUUGACUCCAUUAUCAUAUAAACAGCACCGAAACAAAGAACUCAGUCAGUCUUUUGGUGACAUUUGCACAUGCUCACGUUGAGCAGCGGCUUGAUUUAUGCUGUUGGAAUCACUCGGCCAUUACAGGUAUUAAAGCCCUCACAAAGAAACACAUGGCUUUUGUGUUCCCUGAGGAAUUGGCUUUUAUUAUCUGAUCAACAAAGAGAUGCAGGAACAAGAUACUUAUCUACAGACUGUACACGUCUCUGUGAUGUUUGUGGAAGGGGGAGGCCAUUGUUAUUUUCGUUAAUGGAUGUCUAAGGUUCAGGUUAUAUUCGAGAAGACUCCGUUUGUAUAAAAUUACAGCGGUAAUACCUUCUGACAGUCUUGACCAUUUAAUUUGAGUCUAUAAUAAGAUGUGAAAGAUUUUUGACACAUGAAUUUGGACUUAUUAAAUGCUGACAGUGAGCAGUCAAGGGAUGUAGAUGAAUUCAAAUUGUAAGCCGCCUUUCUUUGCCUUUAAUUCCCUCUUUGUUAGUUACACUAGAAAUGUCAAAUAUGCUACUCUGUCGCCCUCUUGUGGGCGCACCAAAAACAAACAAAUCACACAUUUUGAAUCCCAUGUGUUGUGUUUCUUAUUCCAGAUAUGAAGCGUCCGAAAAGCCCCGACUGGCCGAACAGCAGCCCCCCUCCCAAGAGUCAGCAGGGAAAAGGAGGGGACGAAGAGGCAGAAGAAGAUGAAGAGGAGAGGAAGGUGUCGACGGGACACAGGGCCAAACGAGAGCGCCGUCAAGGCAGCGGUGGGAGCACUGCCACGAUGUGUCAGGUGUGCAACAUUCAGCUGAACUCCAGCGCCCAGGCCCAGAUCCACUACAGGGGGAAGACUCACCAGAGGAGGCUGCGUAGAUUAGCCAAGGCUGUCAGCUCAGGUAGGACACUCAAUUUGUUGUUUUCAUUAGCUCAUUUUUUUACAGUUAGAAGCGUGGGGUUACUUCCCAGUUUGCUUCUGUGUUAUUUUGAGGUAUUUUUAUUACAUCUUUUCUAUCACUGAAAACUACAUCAGAAAAGGUUUCUACUUCUCAAAAACAACAAAUAAGAAGGUUUUCCUUGCUCAUACUGUGUAAGCUGUAUACUGCGUGACAAAGAGCUUAGUGUUGUCCACUUAGUUUGUUGAGUGUUGUGAGAUUCCUUUUUCAGCUCAAGAGACACAGGAAGUUUUGAGAGUUGAGAGUGAGGGAUGACAUGCAGCAGAGGAUCGAGGCUGGACUUGAACUAGCAACUUCAGCCUGAUGAGAUAACUAGGAGGAAAGUACUGUUUAAAUGAUAUAGAAAAGUAAAAACAAUGCAAACAAGAGUCCAUUCGCACUAAUCAAGUUCGCCAAAAACUAAACCAACCUGUCACCUAUGUUAUAAAUUACACCUGUGCUUUCUAUCAAAUGUUAAAGUGCGAUAAAAAAUGUCUUUUGUGACUCUUUGGUCUCAUCGCAGCAUUAUGUAAUAAAGAAGUCGCACACUGACUGAAAGACUCAUAAACUUGUUUGCUUUACGACACUGAGAAUGACCGGAGUUUAAUCAACAACUCUGAACAAAAACAGAACAUUAUGAGCCUCUCAAAAUUGAUGUUUACUGUAGAGCUCGUGUAACAUCCGUUGCUCCUUAUCAAUUUUACCUCCACAGUGAGCGUGUUUACAAGUGGUCAAUAUAUAUGGUUCUGUGUUUUCAGCAUUUUGCUUCUUUUUGCUGCAGUUUGAUAUACGAAGAGGACAAAGAUUUGCCUGAAACUUUUUUUUUUUAAACAAGGGAGGUGUUUACAGUCGUCUCAUAGUAUUAGGUCUUGAAUUUAUAUGUUAGGAAAGCCUUGUUUCUCUUUUUGCACAGACCGUGAUGGUCAAAUAUUAGGUUGACCAUAUUCUGAAUCCCCAAAAGGGGGACACCACUACGUGGGGCAGAGUCAUUGAGUCGUGCGUAGUUAAUUUUGAGAGUUUUUUGGGUCAGGUCGAGUGUUUUUUACAUGCUUCUAACUCAGUAACUCCAGUAACUCAAAACUUUCAUACAAACUCUGGACAUUUGAAAGAUUUUAUAAACUCCCUGGGACAAGCCCAGACAAGCCAGACAACCCCGUAAAAAGUAGUGAUGGGCAAAGCAGUUCUUUUAGGUGUACUGAAUCACCGGAAUCAGUUCACUAAAAAGAUUCGUUCAAAAGAUUUGUUCACCAAAUCACCGAAUCAUGUAGCGUUUGACGGGAGAAGUCUGCGACUCCGACCUCCUGAACUGAUAUACAGCUGAACGGUUCAGGAUUCAGUUCAAUUCAGAGCUUCUGGGACUGGGAGACAAGAGUGUUGUGGCUGUGUUGCUUUGGCAAACGGGUUUGUAAAAAUGAACUUGUUUAUAAGUCAUGAUGUUUUAAGUGUACUGUCCUAUGUUCAGUGUUCAAUGUUCAAUGCGUGAUUCGUUCCUCAAGUGAUUUGGGCGUUGGUGCAUGCGUUCCCUCAUUCCCUGGCUGCUCGCCUGGCAAUGCUGCGUGCUGUAACAUCUGCCCUGCUGACAGCUCAACUGAAGUGCGUUCACUUAAAAGAUUCGGUUCUUUUGAACGAAUCGUUCGCGAACAACACAACACUACAAAAAAGAGGACAUGACCAGGUAAAAGAGGACGUAUGGUCACCCUAGUUUACAGUAGUCUCUGAGUAUUAGGUCUUGAUUUUAUAUCAAAAACACAGAGAUAUAGAUCUUAGGGACUCUAUGAAAUGUCAGGAAAACCUUCUCUCUCUUUUUGCACAGACCAUAAAGAUUGAAAAUGUUAGAUAUUCAGCAGAAUGUGAGAAGUUUUCACAUUUUCAGCUUCAGGAAUUCAGUUAGACUCUUUAUCCUGAGACUAACCACACCUCUAAACCAUCUAAUCAUUUAUCAAUUAAUUGUGACUUAUAUUGUUGUCUCCCUGCAAAUAUUCACAUCUGCACACCAUAAGGAGGUUUAAUGCAGUCAGUAUAUGUUUACUAUUCCAGCAGAACCCCCCUCACCAUUUCCGAGCAUUUUCUGCACACCUGCUUUGACGAGGGGCCAUUAAUCACCUGCCUACAGCACCUGUGUCAUUCUGCCACACUGACCAGCUUGAUCAAUCAAAACUCAGGGAAAAAACGGGUUCCAAUGAACAACUGGCCAAUAAGGUGGCACAUUUUAAUGAUGAUUUAUGAGGCUGUCUGUCUCGACAGGCUCGCUGAACAUUUUUGGCUGUCCCCAAUUCAACCCAGCACACGAAAUUAAAUUACAACAGUGGCCAUUGUUUAAUUUCUUCUCAUUUUGUUAUCAUCAGACCGUUAUUGACUUUUUCGUUGUCUGAUAAUAGCAUUUUCAGACCAUCUUUCAUGCUUUUAAGUGUGAGAGUGAUCUGGAGCAGAGGACAGAUUUAGUCCACAACUUCCAACUUCUUGUAUUUUUGACUUUGACAAAAUCCAGCAUCAAAUUAUAUCUCCUUAUUCACUGAUCAGGAGCUCUUAUAGAAGUUGUAGUACCUUUUAUUAACUCAAGGGUAACUAGAUAAUGUCAAUGCAGGAACAUUAAUAAAUGUACAAGACUGUUAAGCAGUCAGAGAGUCUUGCAGGUGAUAGUUUGAGAGAAAAAAGAUGAGAAAAUUUAUUUCAAAGUUACUUCCUCAUUAUAUCAGUGGUCUAUCUAUCAGUGAAGUAACCUAUAACUGUGAUGAUAAUUAGUGGUAGUUCUGGCCAUAUCCAAAUCCAAUAAAAGCUGGCCUUUUUAUGUCUUAAGGGUACCAGCAUGCAGACUUGGUGCUCUUGAGCUGGAGGUUUUUUAUUAUUUUCCUACUUAAAAACAUCCAUUAGCUCUUGAAGCUGGCAUUAGAUAUGUUGCAGCUGUGUCUUAUGGAUAAGGUCAGUGGUCUCUUAUGUGGAAGGUUGGUGGUUUGAUCCUAGGUUCCACAGCACAUGUGCUGAAAUGUCUUUGGGCAAGACAUUUCCCCUAGAGGCUGUGCGAGUGGUUUGUAAAUGGCAGUAGUUAAUUUUAGGAGCUUCUGAAGUUCGUGUAUGAACAUGGCGUGAAUGAGUGAAUGAGACAUGAAGUGUUGUGAGUGGUCAACUGGACUAGAGAAAACAUGAUAUAAAAACAUGUCAAGAUAUUUCCACAUCUAAUAAAGGUGUGAGAUACUUUAAGACUCUGAAAUUUCAGGAUUAAAGAAAUGUGAUUUUGAGUAAAAGGGUUUUUUUUUUGUUAGAAGAAAGAGCAAAGUAAGAUGACUUUUCAAGUCCUUGAGCAGAUUUUUUCCUCUAGGAUGGGUCACACGCUACUUUUGGUCAAGAUCUGUAAAAACUGUGUGCCUGACUGACUUUCUUUUAUAUGCUCAUGAUAAUGGUAGAUUCUACUGUUAGUUUACCUCUAAAUUUGCAUUUAUAUAUGUGAUAUGUAUUCAUAUAUCUUUCUGGCAGUGACAGGAAAUUCAGAUCAUGUCUUUUUAGUUUCUGUCGUGUUUUUAUUUACCACCAUCCAUGAUUUGUCCAUACGUCCCAGCUCUGGGACAAAUAUUUUAAUCACCAGCUGUUGUUUGAAAAAAUAUAUAUUUUUUUUGAAUUUGCACACUAUAUUACUCUACAUUUGAUCAUUUCUCAUUUUAACAGCAUCCUCUUUGUCCGGAUUUAGUUUGAGGAUUGGAGUUCAGUCACAGCCGAUGUCUGAUGGUGGAACACUAUAGCCCAUAAUUCAGUUUGUGCAGGCAUUUUUCAUGUGACCAGAGCGAUUUAUCAUCCAGAGAAUGAAAUGCAUGUCCCACAGUGUACUGAACUGAGAAAAUUGUGUAUGGUCUUUUGAAUGUGACCUCCAUUCUGCUCCAGUUUGCCAAAGAGACAGCAGAGAGGGAUUUGUCCUCUCAGAUGGAAAUGCUUCCCUUGCUGCCUCAUUUCUCUAAAACAAGAGGGGGAAAUUGUGCAAAUUGUGCUUAAGAUGCUCAUUUGCAUUUUGAUGCGGGGCAUUGCACAAAGUCUUUGUUAAAUGAUCCUGAUCGCCAACUUUUCACACUUGAUGUUUUUAUUAGACAUGCACAUCAACAGCAUCAUUACUGACAGAGUUCAGACAUCCAACCUGCUGCAGGCCUCAAUGUCAGAGUCUCCUCAUCCUCUAAUUGAGAGUUAAAAUGAGAUUUCCUCAUGGGCAGCUUGUGUCACCUCCUCAGAGUCAGGAACCUUUUGUUUCUCUCCACAGGGCACACGAUGAUUUCACACCUGCCAUGUCUGAGCCGGUCUAAUAAACCCAACUGCACUUCUCCCUUUGUGUGUGGCAUCAUGUUGUGAAAUGAAAACAGGCAUAAAAUGGUUAAAGUUGAAAAAAAAUAUGGAGUUAAAAUUUUUGCAUAACAGUCGAAUGGAAAACAAAUCCAAAAACCGCACUAAGGAUGAUACGCAGAUCUGGAAAUGCAUAUGUGAGUCCACAAAUACAGAUACACAAAGUCAUAUUCAAAUUCACAAUUGAGAUUUAUAACCAGCAAAGGCUCAAAUACUCUGAUCCACAGGUGUGCACUCAUAUUUAUAAUUGCAUAUGCAUAGCCACAAACGCUUCACAAUGUGUCUUUACUUGAUCGAAUAUCAGUCUCUGUGAAAAGCUGGUGAGUAGAUGAGCUGCUACCCUGUGAUACUGUUUCAUAGAGGUGUCACGAUACAACUUUUUUUUACCUCCGAUACAAUACCAACAUUGUAGCCUUAAAUAUUGGCCGAUACCGAUUUUGAUCCAAUAUGAGCACAAAAUUGUGCAUGACAAGUUUUGCACUCAGCUGCAACAUCUUUCCCAGACUGAAAUGAAAAAUACUGCCACAGGGCCGACAUCACUCCUACUCCUUGCUACUUUGUUAGUCCCUUAGUCCACACUGUUGUUGUGAUCACGUGAGCUCUGCAGGCUGGAUCCGGGUGCUGCUAGAUAGAGGUGCUGGAGCGGAGUCUGGAAUGGACAACUUGUAUCGAAGUGCUGAUAUCUGAGAUUUUAGACGCAGGCUAAUAUAAAACGAUAUUUGAUUUUUUUGUUGAUAUUGUUAUCAGAUAUCAAUAUCAUAUCGGGACACCCCUAACCCGGGGUUUCCACUGCAUCCGGCACUGAUCUGCAACGGCUGUGAUUACUGCUGUUUGCCAAUUCCUACCGGGUCCGGUUGUGAGGCGAAUUUGUGGCAGGUAUGGACAGCAGGAAUCGUGAGAACUCAAAUGAACCCGCAGAUUCACAUGCGAUCACGCGAUUACUAGUUGUCUUUAACGACAUAGGCUAACCAUAUAAGCCGUAGUUUGUGUCCUUCCAGAGGAGGAAAUCUUCUUCUAGACUUAUAAAAUCAGCAUCUCCUCACCCAUGGUGUCAUCAGGGUGACAUGCUGUCUAUAAACCGUUCACUUGUUCGUCCCCGCUUGUUUGCAUGGUGUCAACUAUGAUCCGCCUGAAACACGGAGUGUUUUAUUUUGAAAAGAAGCUGGAUGUUUUAUUUUGUGUCUGUGCCCAACUUCCUUUCCAGCACAGGUUAAUCUUUGCUGAAUUUAUCUGGCAUGAAAAAAAUAGAACUCUUGCGAUCAGCUGUGGAUUCCGGCAAUUCUCAGCAGAACGGAAAGAAGCAGGUGGAAAUCGACACAUUAACUUGAAUGGUUACAAUCAGCUACGAUCAGCGGAUCAGCCGUUCCAGAUGCGGUGGAAAUUGGGGGUAACUGUUUUAGAUAGUCCAGAAAGAUGUGCACCGUGAAUCAUGUCAUCCUGUGGGUCUGUUUUGAGGGAUAUUAGCUCCCUAUACUCUCAUAGAAAGGACUACAGCCCAUAAGUUGUCCUUGUUCUUUCUUGAAUAACAUUUGAAAGGUUAAGAUGGAUUAAAAGCAAGAGAGUAAAGACAGGUGUGGAGAUGUUUCUUAAAAGCCUCAACAGAGUUCGUUUAACUCAUGACCUCUGGCAGAUUAUUCCAGAGCGGAGGAGCUGCUACAGAGAAAGGUAGAUUUGAGCUCUUUCUCAUCUUCACAGUGUUCUCCUACUCAAACAUUCAGAGACGUUUAUCUCUUUAUGCUUAGGCACAAUAACGAAUCCAUUAAGGUUUUUGUCUUAUCAGUGGUUGUGCAGGAAACGAGCAGUUUUCCCCAAAGUGGAGCCCUGAGCGUUUCUUCAUGUUGAAGCUGAUAAACAAGAUAAUUUUGUCAAAACAGCAUGACUCAUUAGUGGACUUAACAACAGCUUUCUGUCCAAAAAUAUGGCAGCCAAGCAGAUCUUGUGUUAAACCUUGUAAACAAAUAGGAAGGAUGAUUCCUACACGCAAGAUCCUGCCAGGUUUUAUAUAACGUCUUUCUGUUUCCCGUUCAGCUGUAGGGAUAAGAGAGGAAGAGGAGCUGAGUCAAUUAAGGUGACUGUUGAUAUAAUCCCGUCUGUGCUGCCUAAUAAUACUCACUGCCUUCUUGCAGCUGAACUAGCGUUCCCUUUAUUUAGCCUCAUGAUGUGAUUGCUCAAAUGAAUAAGGAUUUUAAUAGGCUGGUUCUCACUGGGCGCCUUAUAAACAGAGGAGCAGGCCAAAACAGUUUCCUCCUCCUGCACACAACACUGAGAUACAGAAAAUUAAUGUAGCUUCAUGUCAGGGGGUUUGAGACUCUGUUUGUGUCAUACAUGCCACAUGCAGUAUCAUACUAUCAGUAAGUAAACACUGUGAAUGCAUAAAUACACAGAGCUGUACAGUUCAGCAUCAGAGGAACAUUUUUCAGACACCAGUCACAUUUGGCCCCAGAUUUGUUUUUCCUCUGUGGUAAAUUUAGCACAUUGUUACGUACAUAGAUGUAAUCAGACAUGCUCUAUUUUAUGUUCAACUGGCAGAAACACUGCAAAGAAUAUAAACAAAAGGACUGUGGGGGAUAUAAAACAACAGUUUGUGUAAGAUUUUUGACUUCUAUCUCCUUCCUCUCUUUUUAAUAUGUCUUACAGCUACUGUUUCCUCAGCCUGACUGUUUUAAUACUAAGCAUUAACCAAAAAUGUAUUUCAUUUUGUAAUACUGUGCCUUCCUGUCCCCUGAGAUACCACAGCUGUAAAGUCCUGAAACUGUAUUUUCACGUCAUCCUCUCCUUCCUAAGAAGCUCCUUUCUUUGAUCCCCUCACUGUUAUCAAUGGCCUCUUUUUAGACACUUUUAUACAGUAUAAUAUUUGUUUCACAUUUAAAGGAAAUAUGUAUGUAUUUAUGGAAAUCUGUAAGGGAAAAGACAUUUAAUCAUGGUGUUUCUGUGCUCCCUACCAGCCUUAGUGCUGCUUUCUAUAAAGGUAUGUUAAUGGUUUUUGGUAAUUUGUCUUUGGAGAUAAACAAAAGCCUCCGUAGGAGAGUUACCACCACAUUUAACAUGAAAGAUAAGUACUGAUAUCUGCCCCCGGCUGUUUUUAGGAAGGUUUACAGUACAGUUUACUUCUGUAUAUUCACGAUUACACACCUGGAAAAAACACAGUCUUUGUUUAACCAAUUUGAUCAACUCUAAUUUCAGUGAAUGAAAAUGCCUUUUUAAAUUAAAUCUUAUUUAGCAACAUGACAAUUUGGGAAAAAGGAAGGAUUAAGUCUCUCCCUCCUUCAUGAAAAAUCUCUACAUUCCUUCCUACCACACAUGACCUGUUUUGUACCUUUCGUUCCAGCUGAAUCCUUUCUUCCUCUGUGUACCAACCUAAAGCACAGUACUGUAGAUACAGGGCACGACAAAAUCAGCCAUGAGAGAGUGGUAUGGUAGGACUGCGGGCAAAAGGAAACAUGCACAUGCAUGUUGAAACCCAGUGUUAGGUGUGAAAUGGGACAUUUAUCAGAUGGUGUUUGAAGCUGCAUGGCCUCAUUUCACGAAGGAGAAGCUGCGCAGAGAAAGCAGCCAUUUUCGAGAUGUCUCUCGAUUCGUCAUUGACAGCUAUUCUGCACAAUCUGAAGGUCUGCAAGAUGGAGCAUGAUUCGGGGCAGGAGAUACAGAGCAAAAACACAAGGACUGAUCCUGAAUAUUUGUUAUUUUUCUUUUUAAGUCUGUGGUUGGAAAAUUAUUGUGUCAAACCCCUCAGGGACUGAUAGUGUUAAAGCAGACACUUGGCUUUCAGUGCACCAUGAAGCUGUGUCAUCCACUGUACAGUUCUGGCAUGUCUUAGACUAACACAAGGAACUGUACCUAAAUUUUAGGGGAAACAGCUUUCUGGUAUUCCAGAUGGCAGUGCUUUAGAGUUUUAUGUGUGAGAACAUGAGUCACUAUGCUGCAUAUAAAGCAACAUCGUGUGGCCUGAAGUGUCAGCGAAUAUAUUCAGAUUCUUAGAAACAAACACGAGAAACUCAGGAUUUCUCUUGGGAGCACAAGAGUCACUUUUUAACAAUGUUGUGGAUGUUUGGCAACAGAAGUAAAGCAAAUGGUAGAUAUCUUGAAUGUUUAAGGAAGUGCUGUACAAAAAAAAAAAAACAUGUAACGAAUUCAGUGCAACGUCAUUUAGGUGCCGGUGUGUCGGUUAAGGUGUAAAUUAUGAUGAGUCAGUCACUCACCUGUACAGACUCCAUAUGUGGACUCAGCUAUGGUUUAAUUGGUCUAAAAGCUUCAUGAAAGCAUACUGUGUACGGCCCUCUGCUCGAGGCCGUCUCCUCACACUUCCUUUUGAAUGCUGCAGCCUGAAAUCAAGUGUAAAACUGUCAGGAUGUGUCAGUGUUUUGCCUCCGUGCGGCUCUCAUUCAAGUGGACAAGAAGCCAGCAUGGAGCACAAAGAGCAGACAGAGCCAGUGAGUGUCAGUGUGUGUGUGUGUCUGUGUGUAGACAACACUCCUGCGUGAUAUUUGAGGUCAGGGUUUCAGGGUGGAGACUGAGAAUGAUUGUGUUUAUUUGAAGUGAUUAUAGUGACUGUGGAGUGAAUAAUGAUGCACCUGUAUUCUUAAAGGGAUAUUCCGGUGUAAAAUUAAGUUUGUAGGUCUCGCUACAAACAAGUGGCUGCUGGAAGAGAGUCAGUGAGUUGUGUUUAGUCUCUUUGCCAAAGAAAUUAGGCAAAGUUAAAAAGAUGUUUGAUGGCUAGUACUAUGGCUGGGACCCUAUUUGUACUGUUGAUGAAGUUAGGUGCUGUUCUGAGCAUUAUUUGUGGCUAUAGAGUGGUGUUUUGGUUGAGGUUUGUUUAUGUCUCCUCAGACUGCUGUGUAUUGCUAUCCUGCGGUCGUUACUAAAGUUGAUGUAACUAGAGAAGCAAGCGGUCGGGAAUAUUCAUCUCUUGAGGGGGUGUCUAACUCUGUGUUAUGGUGUGUUUGACCCUUAAUUAAUUUUACACCAGAAUAUCCCUUUAAGAGCCGUCAAAUGAUCACAUUAUUUAAAAUGCAAUUGAAACAAAAUUGUGACAGUAAAUCACAUUUUUAAAUAUCAUCAUUUUCCAUUUUCAAGUCAAAUUAAUGUAAAGCAAUUCUUACCACUGUCUUAAUUUGUGAAUCAAAUGGAUGCAAUAAAAUAUAUUUAAUGUUCUCUACUUAGACAAUUAUUGUGCAAAUAAAUGCUGCACUGCUACACUGGUGUAGUCUGAAACCAUGACCUAGAGGUAGGAGACAGCCUUAAAGUUCUGUGUCUGUGAAAUAGUGUUCAUUUUUUUGAGAAUUUUGGUCGCACAUAAAGAAAUAUAAAGUUUAUGUACGGAUAUUCUGAGAUAACUUUGAUUGUUUGGUGAGCUCCAACUGAUAUGACACCAUUUGCACUUGAGGAGGUCCAGGUUGGCUGCUUUCUGUUUUAUUCUUCGUUCUUGUUUAUGUGAAACUCUUGAACCCACAACAGGUACAUCUGCAUGCUUAACUCAUAAGUAGGGGCUCAAACUUGAAGUAUUUUGGGGAUUUAAGUAUUUGAUUCCCUGUGACACAGCGUUGUUGAAACUUUUGACUUAUAACCUGAGCCGUCUGGUUGUGAAUUGUACUAUUUAAAAGUGCAGCAGUGUUGUUAUUUUCUAUCUCAGCAUCAGCCGGGAGACUCUUCAGCAGCUUCACAUUAUUGUGCAAACAGCGUGUGAUUAAAAAACCUGUUAAUUUCGGAUCUUAAUCUAAUCGUGACUAAUGAAGAGAAGGUAACAGACUCAAACUCUGUCUCUGAUAUAAUUCAGAAAAAUUGGAGACCGGUUGGGAAAACGAGAGUCUCAGUUGUGUGUUCAUACAAAGAACACUGUUAGCCAGGGAUGCAACAAUAUAAUAAGCCCAGUGUCCAUUUUUGGGUCAUCCAUUCUUGGCAUUUUUGAAAGUCUGUAUCUCCUUUUUUCUCGCACUGGAAUCUACAUGGUUUUUCUCUCUUAUUGCUUUAGUGUAGCAAUUAUAACUCUGUAUGGGAUUCAUUAGCCAUUUACCAGUGGAAAUUAUAAUGCAAAGGAGUGAAAAUGUUUGUAAAUUAGAGAGUAUGGGUAUCAAGGGGAUUAGAAAGGCAGAAGAGGGAUGACAUUUUCAGAGCAAAACAGAAGAAAACAGUAAAACCAAAUGAUUAUCAGUCAGACUCCUGCAGGCUGAUAUGAAAUGACUAUUGUUUAAUCAUGAUAGAGAUUGUGUCAGUCACUGUGAAGAUGUGGUGUGGCGAGUAAUGGCUUUGUGCUGCAUGACUGACUGGAGUAUUUUGAUUGAAACCCCUGCACAGUCAACCUAUUGGAAAUGUAAACACGAGUGUUAAAAUAAUAGAUUCAAAUUAAACUGGACUUUUAGCAGUCAAUCAUUUGAAACACCCACCUGCAGAAUAAAUUACAAGAAUGAACCGGAUUGUAUUGUGGGAAGUUAAGAGGCAGUUACUUUCUAUACCACUGAGCAACAGGCUCUAACUUGUGAUAAUUUAGGCUAUAAAUCAACUUACUGAUAAAGAAAAAACAUAUCAUGGAAAUCUGGAUUACAAAAUGGAAAAUCAAUAAACAGUGAAAACAACAUACCUGAUUAGCCAUCAGCUGAAUUAGUCGACAUCUAAAAACCACACACUGCAUGAUAGCAAGAGAAAGGUCUAAAUUCCCUGUGAUGAAAUGUAAACAAGAGACUGAAUGUUGAACCUCAGCUGUUGUCUAAAGGAAGACAGCAGGUUACAAAAUAUGUUGUUUAUGCUUUAAUAUUGCCAUCAGAAUAUUUUGUAUUUUUGAGGAUCUUUUCAGUUCUGGUCAACUUGGAAAUAGAAAUAAUCAUGACUAAGAUACUCAAUAUUCUGUAGGGCUGAUAAACUGCAAGACAGCAUUUAACAAUCUCGACCAGAGCUUCUUAUCAAAGAAAAAUGAUGAGAACCAUGAAACCGUAGACUAUAUAAAACAUGGUUAUGGUCUUACUGACAUCAUUCAUAGGUUUCAGAAGAGGCGUGAUGAAGCCUGACCGUGGUGGCAGCCAUAUUGGAUUGGCUGACCUCAACUGGAUUUUGGCCAUCUUGCAUCAAUUGAGCUGAGUUGACUUUGCUUUUGACUAUUUUUCAACUAGUAAGAAAGAUGGAUUUGAUAUCUUCAUUUAAACGUUUUAUAUAUCCAUUAUUCAUACACUGUAUUAUAUUCAAUGUACCAGUUUUUAGUGGAUUGGAAGCUUCUCAGUUUUGUCCUUUGCAUAUAAAUGCUGCAUUCCAUUUACCUCGGAAAUCAGAUGUCGGAGCUGGAAAUGAAGCGGUUGUCAGUUUUUGUUAGCCGUUGCCAGCUGUUGUUAGCUGUUGUUAGUUGUUGUUAGCUAUACCAGUUGUAAACAACACAUAACACAGUAUGUUACUCGUACAAACAUCAUAGCACAGUGUUCACAGGUAGAAGUUAGGCAGUACAACAUAUACCACUUAUUUAAUUUUACCAAAACAAAACAGAAGUGCUAAUAAACAAUCCAUUAUGAGAGUUUUUACUGUUACUCUUCACUGUUGAUGCACUGCACUGCCAUCUUGGAUUAUGACAUUGUCAUCAAGUCGGGGUUGGUGAGGAUCAAAAAUCAAAAAUCAAAAAUUCGACUUCAGGGGUGCAUUUCAGAUGAAUUUGCGACUCAAGCUUAGAAAUUCUGACUUCUGAGUACAACUUGAAUCAAGCAUAACAGCUCAUAGGCAGCAUUUUAAAACUCUUAUAAGGAACUUGUGCUAUGUGUUAAUUUUGGCGCCCCCUGUGGACAGAGAAGUACGCUCUGUCUCUUUGCAGAUCUUUUGAACAUAUUCCAGAUGUGUUUCAAUCAAAAAUUCUCAUAUUGCGUGUCUUUAACAGUCAUCUGUAUCACUCACUAUGAAUAUGUCAAUGUUCACAAAGGCCGUUUCUGAUAUCUACCCGCACUAUAAAUAAUCAGUCUUUUCAGCGAUCAUCGUCUUUGCUUCUGAAGCUCACAAAGAGGCAUCAAUAUUAAUUUCAGGCUGCUUCAUAACCAGCUAAGAGCAGAAUAGAUGUAGAUUAAUAAAUGAUUUGUAUUGUGCCUAAUUUAAAGGCAGGAAGGGGGGAAUGUGUUUGAGUGUACUCUAAAGGAGCGUGCAGGUGUGAACCCUGAAUAGAAAAUGGUGUUGAGAAGCAGAGGCAGAAGUGGGGAGGUGGGAUGUUCAAAUCCAGUCCUGUGCCAGCUCUCUCUCCUCCACUCACUCGUUUGCUCACUCAUACACACUAAUGCUCUCUUGCUCUUCAGCCUCUCAGCCUCUCUCCUCGUCUCUCACCCCCACUCUUUCAGUCCGCCUCGCCCCCUUUUCUCUCGCUCGUCUCAUAAAAGGGCAGCGUGAUCAGCCGAGCAUGGAGCUUUUAAUUUGAGGCGCACAUGUGCCGUUCUUGAGCCGUGGCAGUUUGGAUCACGGCCACAAAUAUGUGUCAUUGAGCGAGAAGGGAGGGAAGAUAGAAGGGUUAUCUACCAGGAAGCACUUUGAUGGUUUUUGCACAACUUCUCUGAUGGGAGCUAAACUGGCAGGAGAAAUCUAAACCAAACAGAGACAAGAGCAGCAAGAGGAAGGACCAUAAACACGAGGAGAUGCUGUUUGGUAAGCUUGUUGUUUACUCUCUUUCUGUUGAAAAAGUUUAAAAGGUUUUAUAUGUUUUAAAGUGCUGUUUUGUGAAUCAAACUGCACAUAUAUGCAUUUUUUUCCUCUCUUUCCAAAGUGCACUCUACACCAAUGACUUAACAUCCUUGCUCAAGGGCAGCUUCGCUCCCCUGCCCACCAUCUGUCCUCCUUCCUUCCCUCUGCAUCCAGAAUGAGUCCCCAGCCUGUUUGUUUUCCUAAUUGACCCCUUUUGAUGAAGCCAAGUGCGGAGUGAGUUCAGACCGAUACGACCGUGUCGCUCCCAGAUGUGUCAAGUCAUUUUAAAGCCACACAAGAACAGCGCUGAUAUCACUGUGCAGAUUGCUGGCAAUUAUGUCUGUGCCUCCCCGGGGAAAUAUGCCCAGAUUAGCUCGUAUAAUUGGAGCCUGUUAAAGAUAAAGGCAGCGUGGGGGAUUCAAGUCUUUUGUGUUUUUUUUUCACCUAAGGCUGGAAAAUGCUGAUUGCAUUUAGAUCUUUUUGGAAAUUUAGAAUUACUGUUGAUGUGUCUGGUUAACUUAGCACACUUUUGCGGUACAUGAAGGUGAUUAGCAACUUAGUGUGAUGGAAAACUUACGAGCUCACGGCACUAAAAUAGGUGUUUGUACAAAGCUGGUUUAUUAUGUCAAAUAAUCAGUUUGUCAAUCAUCGUUGUUUUAAUGGUUUCAGUCACUUUGCAAGCAAAACCGCUGAGGUUCCAGCUUCUAAAUGUGAGAAUUGUCUGAUUUUCUCUUAUUUUUAUGACCUUCGAUUGAUCAUGUGUAGAUUUGUGAGUGAUUAUUAGCCAAACUUGGUCUUCAAAAGUAGCUUUUUUCCGUACAUCUGUGAAGUUUUAAUGAUAUUUUUAACACUAUGUAGACAGAAUAUUUGGUACAUACUUAAUACCUUGUUUUAAAUAAUGUUUAUGUGUUUUAUGGUGUGGUUCAGUAGCUUAUGGAUACAUCCCCACUGUGCCGUGUGUGUGUGUGUGCCUUGUUAGAAACCCUGAGAAGUGUGUGUAGCGGCUCUGGAUGCUUUCUUCUUUAAAUGGCAGAUUAGAGAGAUCAAAGAGAAAACAGUUGGAGAGAGAUAACUGUUGAGUUUUGCCCUCUGGCUGUGCUGCAGCUGUACCCACCCCCAGAACCCCUCCACCCCCCCAUGGAGAGCUCCGUUUGGAGGCUACAGUGACAGCAUGUAUACAGUAUGUAAAUCUAACUCUACACAGUGAUGUGCGAGUGAUAAACGAAUGAGCACAAUUUAUUUUUUUGUCCUUUUGUCUUUGAAAUUUUUUCUUUCUCCACAUCUUUAGACAGAUUUUCUUUUGUGUCGGUUUUUUUCUGCCAGUUCUUUGCUCAAAACAUUGGAUUACCUUAGUUAAAUAAACAACAAGCAUGUAGUGUGCUGCUUGCAUGUCGUAUUUUACCUCAUGGCUCACUGAGGCAAAUCUGCAGUCAUUGCAAAGGGGUGACUGGUUUGUAAUUGCGUUGUCAAAGGUGCAGCACAACUGCAAAUUCAUUUGAAAUGAACUGUGUUCGGGGGUGUACAACCAAGUCUUGGUCUAAAUCUCUGUAAAAAUACUUUUGGACCUGUUUUCCUAAAAUGUCAAUCACUGCAUGUGGUUUCUAAAGACCUGCAGUGUAUUCUCAUAAAAAUAAACCUCUUUAUAAUAAUUUGUCAGGGAUUAAAAAAAACUUCACUGUAGGAUUUUAAGGUGCUACAAAUGUUAGCAUCUAGCUAGUUCCACGUCACUGAAAUUUCACAUAAGCAGUCAGAAAUUCCUCUUUUUAAUAAAUUUAAAACUGACCAUGUUGUAUUUUUUCUUUAUUUUAUCCAAAGCGGUUCAAAAUUCGUGUUACAAACAACCCUCUUUUGCGUUAGUGAUCUGUUUUGUCACUUUGUUCAUGUUUUUGCCAACAGGAAACAUUUUUUUUGCCAAACUGAUCUUCAGCCAAGAGAUCCAUGGCUAAGGUGGCUAAAUCAUGACCAUUUACUGAAGACAAACACUUAAAGCAGCAACAUUUUUUUUUUUACAGUUGGAAGAGCUCAUCAUGAUUGGAUUACUUGAUUUUGCACCCAUAUAAACAGUGGAUUCAGAUUAUCCAAUCCCUCAAAUUUUUAAUCAGAUCAAGAAAUUUUGCACAUGUAAACAUGGCUACUCAGAUUUAAACAACCUCCUGUUCUCGCGUGUCAUACAAGCUACUUUAUGUUAAUUUGGGUUUCAUCAGGAUUGGAAGAAAGAGAAAAGAAGCAGUUGUUGUUGUUUUUUUUCUGAUGUUCUGUAAAAGUUUUUAAAACUGUUUAAGAAGAUGCAAGUUCAUGAGUGGGUUUAGAUGGGACCAUUAAUUUGCCUGUUGGGCUCAUUUCCUUAUCCAACAGUGUUAAUGACUCAUUAUUCUAAUUGAAGGGUAAUGAGUACAGAGCAGUAUGGUUUUAUUUGCAACACUGACAGCGCAGAUUAUCUCGGAGUACAAAUUUAAUUAGCUACUGUACUUUGACUCAAUGCUUCCUUGUGUCAUUGGGUGCACUUUAAUGUAUUUAUGCCUCGACGGGGUCUGAAACUCUAGUCAUCAGUGUGUGGGCAACUUUCAGGGUUCAGUGCAGUAAGUUUCUGAAAUCAAAAUCAGGAAACCAAACUUUCUGAUGAUGACAAAACCAACUUGUAAUUUGUACAAUUGAGGUUACAGUCCUGGUUGCACUUACCACAGACUUGACACCCAAUCCUGUUACUCAUUAGUACAUGCCAUACCCCCACUCUCUCUCCAGUUCCCCUCUUCCUGUUCAGGUAUCCUGUAAAAAAGGCAGUCUUUAAAACUCACCUGAUAGAAUUUCCAGCAACCUUUUUUCCCAAGACCUAAGAGUUACAUGUCAACUGGACUCUUUAAGUUAUUUCUCUUAAACACACUGUGCAGUCUGAAUGGCAUAUGCAGUCACCUCUGUAGUUUUUCUAUUUGUCAUUCAAAAACUUGAGCUUCUGCUGAAUCAUAACAAGCCUUCCUUUAUCUCAGCCCUGCUAACAGAGACUGACAGCUCCAAUCAGUCAUUGCAGAGUGUUGACAGUGUGAGUUUGAUUAGCCUGACUGGUAAUGACUUAAGGAGUUCACACACAAACACACACACACAUACACACACACACACACACACACACACACACACACACACACACACACACACACACAAUUCUUUCCAUCUUGAGAGGGCGUUGAGUUGCUAAAUGCUAAAAAGCCCAAAUGCUUUCCUUUAUCCAGAGCCGUAUACUUUAUGCUGAACCCUAACCUCAAUCUAAAUCUUUAAAAUAGGUAAAAAUAAAAUGGGAGAGUCCUCCUGUUGAUGUGUUGACUGACUUUUCUCCUCAUAAUAUCUUAUAAAUAAAAAUACACAUAAACACUUCUUCUUGUCUUUAGAGGACCUUGUGUUGUCUUCAGUCCCUCAGUGUUUAACCUUUUAACUAUAUUUUAAAAUAAGUGUGCUGAAGGUACAUGUUCUCACUCCCUUUAUGCAUCUUUCUCAUUGUCACAGUUUAUUUUUUUACUAAGCGACAAAAACACAAAUGGGUGAUGACAGUUUGAUAAAAGACGACCCGUUUUUGCUGAUAUUAUCUUUAAUAGAUUUGUGUCAAAGUAAUGCUGUCAGUUUUUUGUUGACUAAGGCCAUACUGAAACAUAUAGAAUGAAAAAGACUAAAAUCAGAUUAAUAAUACUAAUAGGCAUCUCUAUUUUAAGACUAAGAAUAAAAAUUAAGUAUCCACCAAAUUUAAUACCAAGCGGUACCAAUUAUCUCUUUGAAAAAAUAGCCUUAAGCUGUAACUCACUUCCUCUGAUGCCAAGCAGUGGUUACAAACAUUUGAAAUUACAUCAUAGAAAUUCACUGUCUUCUUGCUGAUGGUCUUAUUGCUUUUGAGGGUUAAAUGGAGGCAUCAGUAUUAUUACAGUCUGCUACAACAAGUUUGACUGAUCAUGUAUCUGAUCAUGGGAAUCUGUUACAAACAUUAUAAAAGGGAAAUAAUUGAGUCUUAAUAUAUUAAAAUGAAUUAAAAGAUGAGGAUUCAUGCUAUGAUAUCCUGUAAAAAAGCGUUUCAAACUUAUAGCUGUCCAUGUAAGAACUCAUAUGAAUGACUCAUAUCUUGCAUCAAAAUGAGGACACAUUUUUCCAAAUCAUUGAGCCGCUUGCCAAGACCAACUACACUGAGAGUCUUUUUAAUGGUUUUCACACAUGCCAAGGAUUUCUAUUACACUCUGGAUUUUCCAAACGCUCAUGUGGUUUUAUAGUAUUAAGUAACUAAAGAUCUGCUGCACAUCAAAACCGUACUAAUGUCACCAGACAGUGGGAGACCUAUUUCAUAAAAUAACCUGAUUUGUGUCCUCUAUAACUCAAGUGAAGGGAUCACUUUUCAGAUAAAUAAACUGCUAAUCAGAGGGUUUAGUGGGAGCAAGUUCUUAUUAGAAACUGUGAGUUGUUGGUCGUUACAUAAGGAAAGAAUCAGGACAGGGUGCAGCAGUUUAACUUUGGCCCUUUGACUCUUGGCUCCCAAGGCUACGCACCCUAUCACCCUGAUUCCCUGCACCGUCCCGUUUUAUUCACUCCCCUACUGCUGACAAUCUGUCCACUACUCAAGAAGUCACUUUGAUGCUCUUCGAAGGACCCGAAACAUAGCAGAAAUGAUUAAUCUAUCAAAAAGGAACUUAAAUCAGGCAAAAAACACUUGAGAGAUUCUCAUGCAAAUCAAACCUCUUCUGUAUUUCAGCAUGGAAGUAAUAUAAUACACGUUACUGUUUUUUGCAUAAACUGAGAGACUUUUUUCAUCUUUGUCAAGUUGUUAGUUUGGUUCUCAAGUUGUAAAACUUUAGAGACGUGCACGUCUUUUUGUGUGAAAUAACACUGUGAAUAAAAUUCCAUUUGCAUUCUGUCUGGGUACACAGUCAAGGCCUUCAGUGCAUAUAUCAGACUGCAUUGACUUUGGGCAUGACCAGUGCUCCUAAUAGCUAGAGAGCUUGUAAAGGUGUUUGAAUAAAUUAACUGGUAGCAGCAUUUGCAGCUCAGAGUGAGAAACAGAAGGGAAGAUAAACUGAAGCAAAAGCAAUCAUCCCUGACUUUCCGGUUUCUAUUGUUUUAAGUACAUUACAAUACUACAGACAAAGAUAUAGGAAAACAGUGUAUCACAGUGUACCAUUUCAAAUUUUGCCUUAUCCUUUUUUAUAUCAUAUUUCAUCAUAUUGGAUUGUAUCGUAAUGUUUUUUAUCAAGUCUCGUUGUAGUGUGUCCUCUCAUAUCUUCUCAUGUUGUAUCAAAAAGUGCAAGAUAGCUUGUCUGAGGUGCCCCUGAGGUCACGUUCAUCAUUAUAUUGUGAUAAACCGUGUUGUAUUGUUCCAUAUCGCAAAGUGCAAUGUAGUUUAUCUUUGGUGCUCUGUCAGUCUGCGUCUAAAUCUAAAAGUGUAAAUUUUCAUGAUUUCUGUCCCGUAUUUGUUUCUUGAAAUUCUGUGCAUUUAAGUACCACAAUUUUGAGUGCGGGAACUUCAAGACCACUGUGCUGUACUGUUUAUUAUACAGGAGUUGUUUGCCCUUUCCUCUGCUUGUAUACUUGCUUUUGAAAAAGUCAGUAAACAGUUUACCCAAAAAGUCAGAAAGAAGUAAGUUAAUCUUGUUUUACUACCUCCUGUCUGCUGACUGAGGAAGUUUUGUUCUUGAGAGUCAACCUGCAUUUAAAUUGACAGCUAAUGAUUGAAGUCGACCGUUACAGAAACUUUGAGAAGACUCAGCCUUUUGCACAGGCUUCAGCUUGAUAUAUGCAGACGAACACAUUUGCACCCAAGCAGGUACAUGCACCCCAACCACACACUCUUGUCAGCGAAACGCAUUCACGUUCUGGUAUCUUCUGAAACGCUGACUGGAAUGAAAAUAUUGUGCCUCAAAAUCUGGUGACGUGCUUUGUAGAUUAAGCAGGAAAUGCAAACCUGCUGAAAUAUGCAGCUGCCAGGAGAUAUGACACCACCAGAAAACUGUUGACACCAAAUAAAAGUGCUCACGAUUAGGAUUCAUGCCACACUCUGUCAAGACCUAAACUACACAGUCAGGCAGGGUGAGAUAUGGUAUACCUACUGUAUGUGGAGCAGCUUUUUAAAAUUGACUUAUCAGUCCCUUGGCUAUUAACGAGUGUGCUAAUUGAUAUCAGUGCGAUAAAUUUUCCCUGGAAACAUUGAUUAAUUAGAAGAUCAGUGAGUUUCAGCCAUUGAAGUUUAGUUCAUAAAAGUCUCUUUGGAGAUUUAACCUUUUUCUCCAUAAAUACGCACAUUUCGGUUAGAAGUCGGGAUUUCCAAGCUUUGAAUCAGAAAUUUAUCUGGAACGCCCCCCUGAAGUCGGAUUUUCGGCUUGGAAAGUUGGACGAUCCGCGCCAACCCCGACUUGAUGACAGCGUCAUAAUUCAAGAUGGCAGUGCAGUGCAUCAACAGUAAAGAGUAACAGUAAAAGCUCUCAUAAUGUAUUACAGGGCUGCCAAGUUUCAGAAAAUGACAAGAGUGAGACUUAAGCACUAUGAUGUGUUUGGCCGGCGGCGGAAAAAAAUUGGCCUUUUUUAACGUCGAUUUAUACCUUAAGACUGAUGUCUCUCCCUGCACUGUGGCCAACUAAUGCUAUUCUCAAUUAACCAGAAAUUAGAAAGUGGUCAACGCCGUCAACUCGGGUGUAACCUCAUUCUCAGCUCCGACUUCCGAGGUAACUGGAACGCACUUUACACUAGUCAAUUUUAGGGAUGGGAAUUGAGAACCGGUUCUUGUUGAGAACUGGUUCCAAAUGGUUCAAUCCAACAACAUCGUUUACAUUUCAUUUUAAUGUUUCCCUUAACGAUUCCUUUCUUCUGGGUGCUGUGGAAAACAGUCUUGUGGGAGGCGGUCUACGCGAAUGAGAACUCAGACUUUGAGGAAAAAAAACAUGGCGGCUUGUAUGAAAAGUAGGCAGAAAUGAUCUAAAGCGAUACUUCAUUUUACUAAGAAAGACGACAAUGAGUUUUGUAUGGAAGUUUGAGUUUGUGUAACGUGGACUAACUGAGUUAGAAGUGCGUAAAAAACACUUGACCCAACCAGAAAAGCCCUAUAAAUUUUGCGCGCGACUCCACCCCGUGUAGCCGUGUCCUCUUUUUGGAGAUCCAGAGUAUGGUCACCCUAAUUUGACUUCACACCGACCAAGUAAAUGCUGUACAAAUAGUUUGUUGUUUGAUUAUUUUCAGACUCUCACCAAGCGUGGCUUACAAAUUUUUCUGUUAUCAACGACUCAUUAAAACUUUGAGUUAACAUUGAAAACCUAUAGUCUACUUUUUUCAAAAUCAAAGAAAGGCAUUGAUAAGGGAAUCGUAAAAGAAUUGAAUUGAUAAGCAGAAUCUUUAAUGGCAACGAUGUCGAUGAAAUCGUAUCAAUUCCCAUCCUUAGUCAGUUUAUGAUUAGUUGGAGGUAAAUAAGUGAGCUCCAAAACAAGGUCACCCAUCAAAGUAGUUAACUAAAUUAAAUAUGCAAACACUUUUAUCUCACCAUUUUGCUUUUUGGAGGACAAACAAAAGACACACUUGUUUUUUUAACUUUCUCAUCACUACCUAUUGUGCUGAAAUCCCAUGAAAACAAGAGUUUUAGCAAAAUUGAUGCUGCAUUGUUUCCCAGAACUAUAUGUUGAACUAACUUUGCCUCAACUUGAGAGAGCUGGAGAACAUGCUCUAUCUGACCUCUGUAACAAAAUUGCUGACACUACUUGGUCCUCUAUAUGUACCCUUGAUAAAAAUCUUUCAAGAUGAACCACUCAGCAGCCUGUCAGUGAUUCUCAUCUCUGAAGCCGCUAAUGUACGAUCCUUCAAACUCUCUUCAGCAGGCAGACAGCCAGAGAGGAGCAUCCAGACAGAAAGCUGCUAAUUACCGAGUUCAUGGUGUGGAUAAAGCUGCGACAGACUUUAAAUAUCAAUAAGUAUGUGCUGCACAUCUGCUGACUGCCUUUCGGCUGCUCUGAUUGGACUGAGGCUUAUCUCAAUUGAAGCAGAUGGUGGCAGUUUAUUUUGAGUGUGCUUGAUACAGAACUGCAAUGCUUUAAGAGGGCAGGUCGGUUAAGGAAACAAUUCACAACACAGAAAAGUGCAUUUUCUGAGCCGCACUGAUAGCACAGUUAUGCACAUUUGCCAGCAGAUCAGCCUUAUCUCAGAGUAUUUUCUAUCCUUUAUUGCCACGGUACAGGAACUUAUCAGUAUUAGAUAUGUUGACUGUUGAAUCAAUCAUGCGAGUGCAGCAUAUAACUAACAUGAAGCCUUGUGGAAACUGAAGAAAUAGUGUUUAUAUAAAGUGAGAGAAAUCCAGCGGCCUGGAAAUGCAUUAUACUGAUCUGAUCUGGUGUUUUUAUGACAUUAUUGUGGAUUAAAGGAGAUGAGUAUGGAGAGAAUUAGAAUAAACUGUGCCUGAUUUUUUUAGAUUUAAGAGUUAAAUUCCCCUGUGAGGAUUUAAAGUACUUCUGUAGACUCUGCUCACUGAGUCUUGUGACUUUUCCUUUGACCAGAGGACAUAAGUCCUGGGUUUCACCUUGAACAAAUUCGAUCAUAGUUAGUGCACCCUAGGUUGAAAACAGGCCCUCAGCGCCCCAGCUGAAAGUAGGACAGAUUACUGCAGGGAGCCUGAUUCAGGCAGCAUGUCGCCCCGCAGGUAGAGAUUCUCAUGACGCUGUGGGCUCUGCCAGCUGUGACUUUGUGAGUUUAAAUAGGCAGUGACAGCCAGAAGGAGAAUUUUGUCUGUUGGCCGCCAGUCGUGGCCUAAAUGUUCUUUGUCACAAUAAAGAUGAUUUAUUAUAAAACCCCACAGAGUAAGACAGGGUUAGCAUUUUAAGCCAUCAUGGAAAUUAGGCUUUCACUCCACUGUUUAGUUUCCAGCGGAGGGAGCUAAGCGGAGCUGUCAAUAGCAGUUUUAAUGGAUGCUAAUUCAUCCUCCAGAGCUCAUCAUAACUGCCUGCUUCUCUGCCUGUUGUGUAAGCAAUGAAUAGCAUCAUUACUGCAAAAGCACAGUGCACUAACCAAUUCUGUUUUAUGACUCAGAAAUCUGUGUGUGUGUGUGUCAUGCAUUAAUAGAGGAAAAGGCGUGCUGUUCAAUUUUUAUCAUUCGACAAUGUGUUUUGAGGGCUGGGGCAGAGUGUUUUUUUUUAACAGUUCAGCUCCACAUUCAGCGGUUAAUCCUGCCUGUUUGAUGAAACUCUGUGUAAUGACCUGCUGCUUUUCUGCAAAUAGAAAGAUUAGGGUCUCUCAAAGAUUAAGUAUGUUCUUUUUGUUUUUGUUUUUCACCAACGGCAGAAAAAACAGCUGAUUUUUUUCACGCAGAUUGCACUCCAUAAUGAAGUCAGAAUAAGGACAAGCUAGUGGAGCUGAUUCUUUAGUCUUCUGCAACAACACUGAUACAGAGUUUUACCAUCAUGUCAUAUUUGAACUUACACAUUGCACCCUGAGAAGGCAUAAUAUUGGUUCCACCUCUGUUAAAACCUCUGAGGGAGGAUUAUGUAUAGUGAGCAGGUUGUUGAUCCAGGAAAAGGAACAUCAGGAUGAUACCUGAUCAUCAUUCCAUGUUGUAUCAGUGUUCUCCUCACCCUGUCAGGGUUCUUAUUCCAAUCACUCACAUCUAACACUUUUUAUUUUUUUGGUCCAUCAAGGUGUCAUGAAUCGGAUGAUAUUAUGUAGAAAAAAUAAUGAAGGAAAUUAAUCUUGACUUGUUUAGAUCAAGGGAAAACUACAUCAGGAUGUUUGUUGUCAGAAAUAACGAAAUGCCUCCACAUCCACAAAUCUAGAUCAGAGGACUCUUGGAAUUAUAUACAUCAUCAGAGGAGCCGGUAUAGCUUUUCCUGUGUAAUUCUGUCCCUAUGCCAUUUCUUUCCUGCUAUGGUUGCUGUGAUGUUGAAUCAGCCAGAGACUAAUCCAGUAAAUAAUAGAGAUUAAGCCCCCCCAAUUUUUCAGGGGGCCAAAUUUUCUGAAGCUGAUAAUCUUUUAUCCGUUCUCAAUACUGGAAGGUUUUCUGCGGUGACCUCAGCUCCCAGCCUCCAUCAGGAAGCUAUCCUCCAGCCUGAAAAUGGAUGGAGAGGAUUAUUUGGCAGGAAAUUGCUCUUCUUAUGGUUGCAGCAGAGAUUUGAAAAGCCAAAAAUGGCAUAAAUUAACUCUCCAUUUAGACUGACUUUUUGUGCUGAAUCACUGCAGAAAGAAAGCUCUAAACUUGAAACGUCCUUUUUGGUACUUUGUUUGUCUUGCUAAUUGGCUAGCUGAAGAAAGUUAAGACAAACAUUUAUCAUACAUAUUUGUCAUAACUUCUCAUCUAUAUGACUUUUUGAACAUUUAAACAAGCCCCACUUUGCCAUUUAAGAAUGCUUCUCCUUGUAGAUCUGUAUACGUCUUCUGUUAAAUAUUAGUAUUUGGUUACAACGACAUAGUGAGCAAUACAAAUAUUAAAGCUCCUAUAAGGAAUCUUAGUAACACUUAAUUUGACACCUAUCUCUAUAACACAUUAUGACUAUAUGUAUAAUGCAUUAUAAUCACAUUAUAGCACUGUAUAACUAUAGUUAUAAACACUCAUAAAUGAUCGUAAUCUUUUAUAGCAAUAAUAAUAACACAUUAUAAAGCAUUUUAUCAUGACUUACAAUGUCAGGUAUUAUAAUGUGUUAUAACUGUUAAUAACUCAACGGACAAUGCCCACAUAGAUAAUGCAAUACAACUGUUGUUAACAGUUAUAACACAUUAUAAUACCUGACCUUGUAAGUCAUGAUAAAAUGCCCUAUAAUGUGUUAGGAUUAUUGCUAUAAAGCAUUAUGAUCAUUUAUGAGUGUUUAUAACUACAGUUAUACAGUGCUAUAAUGUGAUUAUAAUGCAUUUCAAAUUUAUGUAUUUAUGUCAUAAAUAUAUUUAUAAUGCGUUAUAGAGACAGGCGUCAAAUAAAGUGUUACCAUAUUGUUCAUAUUGAUGUCUUUUCAUGAUAUUCAAAAACAAAUAAGACUAUUAGGGACAAGUCUGAUUAGCAGCAAUUUUAAUGAAUGAAACUGCUACAAGGGGUUAGGUGUCAGCUGAGCAGCUGAAGAAACAGCCCUGUUUUUUUUUAUUUUCACAUAAAACACACAAUAAAUGAUACAUUUGACUGUUUAAAGUCAGCAAGGUAAGAUUUUUUUGUCAAAAGCAUGUCGAGGACAAGAUAAGGAAAGACUGCUGUGUCCACAGGGGGCGCCAAAAUCGACAGAACCUGAAGUUACUCACAGGAGCUUUGAGAAAGACUAACACCAAACCCUAAUCCCUAUAUUGGAGGGCAGCUUGUGUUUCACAGAUUCACUCAUAAAACUUGUCAGCUCAAAAGAUAAGUUGCAUACCUUAGAAGUUAAUUAAAAUAAACCAGCCACAUUUUCACUAAUACCUUCUAUAGUAUUAGAGUCAGUAUCAGAGGAAUAAUAUUGAAACAAACAUACAAUCAUGAGAGUACAGGAAAAGGAAAUUUUGUUGACGCCAAGAUUUAAGUUUUUACUAAAACAUUACUGAGUUGACUCUGAGUUUAUCCAGCGAUAGUUUUUUUGCUGCUUUUGUAUGAGAGGUCGUUUUUGGACAAUCAUGUCUAUCCUUAUCCGUUUUUAUUUUUAGCCAUGGGUUUGGUAAUUGACUCGAGGCUCAUGAAGCUCUGAAGUGAUGAAGGACUAUUUAAAGCCUGCUAGUUGACACAUUCCCAGCCUGAUUGGAUAAAACUCAUAUAACCACGGUAUUUGUCCUCCUUGAAGCUUUUGUUUCACUUUCCACAUGCAAACCAAAUCUGUAACUUGAGAGUGAGGUCCUUUUAACGCAUUUCCCUCUCUUUUUUUUAUAUGUUGAAGAAAUUCUCACUUGUGGUGGCGCUCCCCUGUUUGCCGAGCCCAUAGAUAAGUUAAUUAAAUGUCUCGCCCUGCUGUGUUUUGUGGGUACGUGCAUAUGGGAUUACUGAGAUCAAUUUCAGAUUUGUGUUGGAGGGAAAAUCAAUGUCCCCAAAAGUCAGACUGACAUGCAGAUUAAGCACAACAGCCUGGCAGAGGAAGGAAAACAGUCUUUAAUCAGUCUGUGGUUGUCUGUCUUUUACUUCUAUUCAUUUAUAACUUCUCUGUCAUUUACUCUGGAUUCAGUGGAAAGUGGUUUCAGUGGGAAAAAUCAUACCAUCAUAGGGGGGCAUUUUAACCAAACUGAAACUCAUCAAAAACAAAAAACAGUAAAUGUGUGAUUCUUCUUUGUGCUUUCGUGUGUGUGUGUUCUUCAAGAAACCUGUGGUGCAGAAAUUACUCAUGUCUUAUCCUGACCCAACCCUAAUCCUAACCGUAACCCAAAUCUAAUGAGAUGUAACUGCUGAUGUCUUUUCACAACUUUCAAUCUUGUUUUGUGUGUGUUUGUGAGUGUCGCCUCAUUUGGGCAGCUCCAGUUUGUUUAGUUUGUUGUCUCUCUGGGCCUUGAAGCAGUGCUAGACCGAGGUUCAAUCCCUCAUGAAGUGCUCAGUGUCAUCGAGCUGGUCAAUGUUGAGAGAAUUCGGGGAUUGAGUUGUUUUUCUAUUCAAUUUUCAGAUCUGAAGAUUUUAUUUUGACAGUUUGACAGACGAGUUUUUCUCCAUCUCUUAUGAUGAGCUGGAAUGAUGAUGGUGCGGUAUGCUCACUUUGUGAAUUAUGAAUAAACAUACAGUAUUUCAUAUAGGUAGGAAGAUAGCAUCUCAGAGUAUGCAGCAUGAUGAAGCCUUGUUCAAUGUUCAACGAAGCAUUUGUAGCUGUAUGAAGUAAUCAAAGUAAUUCAUCGAUUGCUGCUGCUCUUGUUGUGGUAAACCCCUGGGAACUUCCAUAUGCAACCCCUUUAACCUGAAAUCAUGUGCCUGUAUGAAAUAUUUCCCCCUAAAAUACUGAACAGUAAAUUAUUUUGAGAACAAUUCAAUCUUAAAUGGCAGUUUUUUCUUUUCCCCCUCCACUUCUUCUCCUUCAGCAAAGGCUUUGAGAGACAUUUUGAGUAUACGACCAGAUUAGCAAAGACAUGCUAAUAAUAGAGAUCUUUUAAACCUUGUCUCAUCUCAUAAGAUAAAACCUGAAAUACAGAGGUGGAAGAGGUAGAAAAACUGGUGAAAUAGUCUCUCCUCUUUGUUUUUUCUGUUUGAAGUACUCUUUAUUGUACGUCUAGAAUAUUAAGACUGUUUUCUCAAUGCAGUAUCGACAGAAUUGUUUAGCUUCUCAUCGACAAAACACUAUCUAUAUUUUGGUUUUAAUGGGCUCUUAGCAUGUCUUAUCUAAUUCCUCAUCCUCCCUUUGUUGUUUGGUGUAUUUUUUUUUUUUAUUUGGCUCCAUCAGUCAAGUUCAUUCUAUACAAAAUGUUCCUCCUACCAGCUAGUGCUUCUUUCUGCAUUCUCCUUCAUAUUAAGGCCAAAUUUCUUUCACUGAAUAAACAAACAAACCAUUUAAAUACGUAUCAGGUCAAAUUCUGCUUUUUGAACAGAACAGAAGCAUUCAUAAUGCAUUAUUAGAAUAACCUGAUAUAAAGAACAUAUUACUCUAACUAGUCAACAUGGCUGUCUGGGAGUUAUUCAAAGUGAAAUGCACCGUUUAAUAGCACAGAGAUGUUAUUUUCCACCACAACAGCAGCAGGAAGCAAAGAGACGCUGCACUUCAAGACUUCAUUGAUCGCAUUGCAAUUUACACAUCUAAUCUGGCAGCUUUUGUAUAAUGUUAAAAAUGUCAACAAAGUAUGAUCUCUCCUCUGGUGUCAGUUCAUUUAACCAAAAUCUUAAGCGCGUACAUACACAAUUUUUGUCGUAAUUUUACAAUAACUGUUGCAGGGUGUCUGGCAAAAGAAACCACAACUGUUGAAGUCAACCAUCUCCUUUUACAUCUGAUGACAAACAAACAAAAACGCAACACAAAGUUCAAGUAAAAACUUAACCAAGAAUAAUUGCGGUCUUAUUUUUACUCUGGCUUGUGUUCCGAUAUCUACAUUUGACCUUUUUUACCCAUCAAACCCCAGGACUUUGAGCAUAGACGCAUUAAAAACAGUGGUUAAUCAUUUAGCUUAUGUAAGACACUGAGUGCACUGAUGUUACUGUGGGUCUAGACAAAAGGUCAUUGUGCCAUGCUGCUCUUUAAAGCAUGAGCAGUCUGAAGGAAUUAAGGCCAACCAAAUUUAAGCAUCAUGAAACAGGGUCGCGUAAGAAAGAAAUACAGAAAAAAUGGAAAUAUUUGUACGAACUUUCACUGUAGACUUCUCUGACAUCCUUUUUACUGACACGUUUGCAGGAUGAGGACAAACAAAACCACACAAUUACACACUAGUAUUUCAUUUAAAGGCCAGAGACAUUUGUCAAGAUAAGCCAUAGACUUGUAAAGCUGGAAAAGGCCACACAAAGCCUCUCAUCAUUUAUCCGCCGCUAUAAUUGAAGUGAUUGAAGCUUUACUGAGUACAUUAUUCACUGUGGGAAACAGCUAUUGAUGCUAAAUUUGGUCAUCAUCCUUGUUUGUGUCUGAGGGUGUGUGGCUGCGGUCGUCUUGAAUUAAAAAGGGGAGUUACACGGAGUUUCUUUAAAGGACGAAGGAGGAGAGGAGGAAAAGUCUGAUGUGCUUUGGUUGUCAUCCUCUCUGCUGUAGGUGCCCUCUCCCAGAGCCAGGUCCACCCUCUCCUGGGCUCCCUGCCUUUACCGGGUCGACCCCUACAGCCGCAGACUCAUGCCCAGCUGGAGCACUUCUUGCCGCUCAGGGUCAACAGCUCCUCGCCGCUCAGCCUCUUCCCUAACUUCAACACGGUAAGAUGCUGUAUAACUUUUCUCUACACAGUGAAAAAGAUCCGGGGAUUUCUUGUUUUUUUUAUCUUCUCCAUAUUAACAGUGUAUGUAAAACAAACAUGGACACAAAAUUAUAACUAUUUUGAUGCUAUACUCAACUCUUAACUUCAGUUUUGUGCACUAAAAAGUCAAUUUAAUCCUUAAAAUUUAAACCUGGGUUUUAUGUAGAGAUAUUUAACUGUCAACUUGAUCAACAACAUCUACGUUUUACUUUAAAGGUGCUGCACUAAUCCUUGGCUCAUAGAAAAAUGAGAAUUUGUAUUAAGACUACAUCCCAGGCUCCCAUUAAUAGCUUGAGAGGAAUCUUUUAUUUAUCAUAUCUCUGUCUGACUCUGGACAGUGAAGCAGCAGAGUGUCAGAGUCCACAUUUAGCUUUAACCCUUAAUGAGACAAGUCAAAGGAACAUGUUAAAUGUGUCAGGCAUGUCGGAGCCUGGGAGGGAAUCCUGUCUGACACCAAGCACUAAAAAUAAGAGUCAACAAACACAGCAGCACCGUGGGGAUUAAAAUAUGAACAAUGAUGUAUUCUGAAAAAUAUCAUGUUAUCUCGCAUUCACUGUUUUAAUCUUAAUUCCUAGUUUGCAUGUUUCUGUGAUGCUAAAAAUGAUGUUUUAUUUGAUUCUAAUCCUGAUCUUGUUUUAAUUUCUUCAUUUGUGCGGUAGAUGGACCCGGUGCAGAAGGCAGUGAUCAACCACACGUUUGGUGUGGGUCCACCCAAGAAGAAACCCAUCAUUUCCUGUAACAUCUGUCACCUGCGCUUCAACUCCACCGUAUGUCUCCCACCUAUUCACUCCUUUUUUUCUGAUACCAAUGACCGAUUAGUUAAACUUGAGUUUUAACCUUGUAAACUAAGUAUAAAAAAGUAUAACAGAUGAUUGCAGGAAAAUGGGAAAAACCUUUGACUGAAGAGCACAGCAGAAUAUAAUCACAUCAGUGUAAAAUAGACAUUGGGACAAAGUCUUAAAGGGAUAUUCCGGCGUAAAACUAAGUUACUUAAUUUUAUGCCAGAAUAUCCCUGUAAGAAUGCUAGAUGUAUGCUGACCACAUCCGUUUUUCAACAAUUUUCAAUAUAAAACACAAACAUGACUCAUUGUGUCAUGUUCUCAUUAUUUGUGCAGUCAGUUGUCCACAUACUUGUAACAACAAAUACACAUUUUUACAUCUCAUAGCUUAAAAAAUUAUCAUGAAGAGAGUUUUUUUUUCUUCCAAGUCCGGUCGAUAUAUUUCCCCAGGUUCCAUUUUUUUUAAUCAGCUAUUGUGUUCUUUAAAGGAGACCAGUCAGCUGCUCAUACUCCUUAUCACACGUCCCUUUUCAUAUGCAAUUGGCUUCCACUAUAGAGUUCGUUUAAACAUAUUUGCAUUUAAAUUGUUCGGGGGAACCUGGCUGAAUGACAAUGACUCUUCGUUCCAUGAGCAGUGAAACCUGAAGGAAGCAGGAGACACAUGAAGGCCAAUAUAAUUCCCUUACUGUCUCAUCUUCCUCUUCCAGGUUCUUUUCGCUCUUUUCCUCUAUCUCUGCUCUGCACUUUUGGACACUCAGUGAUGUUGUUGUCAGGAGUUUGUUUUCUAGCUAACAGGCUUUCUCCUCCUCCUCUUUGUGUUAUCGCGGCCAGGCUGAGAGUGCAGGUUGACACAGGAGUUGGAUGCCAGGUUGCAGGCAGGUACCGGGUCCCAACAGCUACUGAGUAGCUGGCAUUUGCAUUGAUUAAAAAAAAAGAUUGAAUGAAGGAAUAGUUAAGAUCAUUUCAAGUCUUUUAAUAUUUUAUACACUCUGGCUUUGUAAAUGUUUAAUUUUUCCAGUCACUCUGUCUUCUGCUUGCUGUCCAAAGUUUGAAGCAUAUAUGAAGCAAUACAAAAAAUUUAAAUGCAUCCAGAGCCAAAACAAGUUAUGAUUUGGUUUGAUAGUGGGCUGUUACAGUGAAUACAAGUGGUUAUAUCAGGCACUUACAUGAUUUAUUGGUCAAAUAGAUUGUAUGUAUAAAACCUGAUGCUACUGAUUAGCCUCAGAACAAUUUACAAGAUUUUCAAACAACUCUUAAGACGACUGUAUUUUAUUUUCUUGUUUAUUUAUAGAUCUGUAAAGUGACAUUGAUAAUCACCAACGUUUUUAUUUCUCUAGGGACAAUGUCUUUCCAAAAUCAUGUAACAAUUUAAAACUCUAGAGAUGUUACAGUGUGAUCAAGAUGAAAACUUAACCAAACUGGAUAAUCUCAAGUGCACAAGCUCCAAUAACUGCAGUUCAAUGAGUGGCCACUAGAGGCUGGCUCAUAAGUGAGUUGAUCUCAAUUGACAUCAUAUAAAAUAAGCUCAAUUUUACAGCAGAAAAUGAACACUUUGUAAGCCUUGUAAGAAGCAAAUUAAUGAACUCAUAGAGGAAUAUUAGUCUUAUUGUCAAACCACAUGUAUCAAUGUUUUAAAAUUUUGUUCAUGUAUGUGUCUAAUUCUGUUUUUAAAAUUGUAUUUUUUUUUUUUUUUUAGCAUGAAAACAAAGGUUUACUGCUGUGAAAAUUAAACCUGUGUUUGACGUUGCUGGGGUGUAUAAAAAGGAAAAAGACUUGAAAACUAUUCCUUCAUUGUUGCUAAAGUCACUGAAAAAGCAUGGGAGAUUUGAGUCCAAAAGAUCACACAUAAUGAUGUUGAUUUCUAAUUUUUGCUGCCUGUCUGUAGAUUAGGUUGAUGCCCUCUUUUGUGACACUUAAGGGCAUCACUGAUGACAGAGAAUGCUUUAAGCUGUGGUCAUGGCGGACUCCCUCAGAUGUCUUUUACUGACGAUCUUUGUUUGGCCACCAUUGGACACCUAUUAUUGUGUUAUUCUCUCUUUAAGUCACUAUGGUGGAGCAUAGUGACCUCAUACUGUACUGGUGGUUUGUAAACAGAUUCAUCCCUCUGACUCAGUUGAAAGUCACACUGAAUGGUUAGUGUGCACUGACAUUCAACAAUGCCAAAGGGCACAGUCACCCUUUGCUCAGCCACGGAUUCCCCCACACACGCACUUUGACCCUCUUUGGUACCCUUUCUGUUUGUGUGGCAGCCUGAGCUUUGUUGAGGUAGGACAUGCAGCCCUCCGCUCUGUGCACUCAGUGUGUAAAGAUCAAGCAUUCACAAUGAGGCUGUGCUGUAACACUGUGUGUGUAUGGAAAAUAAUACAGAUAAUUUGAACACUAACAAAUUAUCAAACAGCCUCAUGUGGAGACUGGUUUUUGGAGUCUUGUUUCACUGUUUCAAACUAAGAUGCUCGGUUGAUUUAUGGACAAAGCCGCUUUUCUACAGAAAGACACAAGUGUUGCAAAAAGAUGUGCUGGUUAUAUCAUAUUUUUCGUGUCAACAAAUCUCUAAAUCUCAAAUCUCUAAAUCUCUCACCAAUAGCCCUGUCUGUCAAAUUUAACAAUAUUUAUCAAUCCGGUCCUUUAUUUUUCACAAUGUGUUGCUAAUAAAUUUGAAAUAUUCUUUGGCAGAUUAAUCCAUAUUUCGAUCUCCUUAGUGAUCGUAGCUCCACUGCAGGACAAGAUUGGCUGUAAUUAAAAUUGGCCUUUCUCGAGAAGGAGCAAAUUAAACAACAGCGGUGAUUGAAUGUUUUUUUUAUUCACGUGAUUACAGUUUUCUCUUCGUGGAUAACAAGUAGGGUAGAUUGGUUUUCAGCCUCUGCCAAUUAUCAGGACACAUUUACAUGAUUUUGACUGUAUUCAUAUUUCUUGUAUCGAUAACAGACUGAAAAUGUGAUCAAAUACCAGAGAUAACAGCUAUAAAUACAGAUUACAUUGUAAAAAAGAUAUUAGACUUUGUUGCUUGUGUUUAUUUCCUAUUAAUUACCUGUUAGAUGCACUGAAGUAUGUGUUAGCAUGACCACAUGCGUACAUUUGGUUUCAGCUGUUUCACUGAUGAUGCACUUCCUAGUUAAAGCCGAUCUUUCUCUGUACAGUACAAUUCGCUUUAUCUAUUAUCUAUCCAGAACCACUCUGGGAUCUUAAAUCUGCAUGUAUCUGUUGUCACACUGCCACAGAUGUGUUUCCUUCCACAAUGAAAGACCCAGUGGUCAUUUUUUCUACUGCAGAAAAACAAUCAGGGGCUAUUUGGAGUCAGAACAAAUCAGUGCAAAGAUUAGCUGGUGAGCUCGGAGGGUGUUCAUGCAAUGCCAGGAGUCUUUCUGAUGCUCAUUUGUACAUGAUAAUGAUGAUCAGAACGGUGGUGCGACUCUUCCUCUGAGUCAAAUGCUAAAUAGUGUGAUAACUUGAUAGCAGCAUGUGAAGCCAGAGGGAUGAAACAGAUGGGAAGGUUACAGUUUACUGGUUUCAUGCUGCUAAUUUAAUCAUGUCAGUGAUUCUAUACUGUACACUGACUUUCUCCUGUGUUUGAUCUGUUCAUGUGGGCAUAACCCUACAUGUGUUUGUUUGUCUGUGUAUGUGUAUGUGUGUGUGUGUGUGUGUGUGUGUGUGUCAUGAUCAGACCCAGGCAGAAGCACACUACAAAGGUCACAAGCAUGCCCGCAAGUUGAAGGCUUUGGAGACACAGAGGAACCGGCAGAAGAACGGAUACAGUCCGUCUGCAGCAGGAAAAGACAGAGAGAAGGGGGCACUGCAAAUAGACCUGCAUUCAAAAGACAAAACAUGUAUGAAUCUUUUUUUAAACGCACCCUUCUUUUCACGCACUAAGAAAUUAGCCGUAAUUGCAGUGAUGUGAGCAUUAAGGCUUGUUAGCUGACACUCGGCUGGUUAAUUACCUGUUAUUACCUGUCCUGCCAUCAUUGGCUCCACCAGAUGGAUAAUUAACGUCCAUCAAGCGAAGACAUUCUGCAAGAUAAGAAGCACUUAAAGAACAUCUGAAGAUGCAUGUACAGAUUUUUAGCACCUUUGAUUUAGAUACAGGUAAUAAGCAGGGGCUUGACUCAGCUCCCACUCCUAGUUUCUUCAACUAAGAAACUAAAAACGGGUUGCCACUUUGCUGAAGGAAGUGUCUAAUUGGGAAGCUUAUUACCACAGCAGUGUGCACAGGAAUACACCGGAAUAAACUGAGGAGUUUGUAGCAGAGGGGACCUAAACACUCAAGUAGAGUCAUAGAGGAGUUAUUUAGUUAUGACCACAAGUUAGAAAAGAAAUACUCGAAAAUGAAGGGUUCUUAUCAAAAGAUAAGAGGAUUUAUAAGUAGCAUUUUAAGGAGCGUUUUUUUUUUUUUAUUAAAUGUGUGAAAUAUAUGAUCAAAAACAAAAAAUAAAAAGGUUUUAGAAGUUGCGAUGUCCUGAAAUGUCUUAUUAGGUUUGAAGUCCAAAAUUCAAAUGUGCAUCAAGAUGCUGUAAUUUAACAUUUUAGAGGCUGGAACCAACAAACUCAAAGUCCUUUUGAUGUUCUUAAACACCCAACUCAUGUUUAGAUUGAUUAGAUUUUUCUGUUUAAUAUUUGGCUUCAACUUUGAAGUGAAAUCAUGUUUUUGAAAAAAAAAGUUCAGGGGUUAUUUUAAUACUUUGAAGCCCAGAGCAGGACUUUAAAGAAGAUGAGAAACAGGUGAAAGUGUUUAUUUCACACACAGUAGAUAUCAUAGGACUGGACGUAGGUGUUUUGGUGAAGCCGUCUUUGAAGUUGGAUCAAAUAUCUCAUGACCAGGCUAUCAUCGGGUCUGAGCAUAAACUAAGUCUGUUUAUUAUUUGACUAUAAAAAUUUAUGGACAAUAUUUAAGAUUUUCUGUUUGCCUUUGAUAUUCUUGUGCAGUGACUUUUAAGUCUUUUUCUGAAACUGUGUAAUUAUCACAAAAACAUCUUAAAAUGUUCAAUUCAAUUCAAGACUUUUUUAUUAUAUUAUAUACAGGUAUAUAGAGAGGAGGUAAUUGAGCUCACUGUAAGCCAUAAACAGGUUUCUAUUUAUAUGUUUUUACAACAGUGUUCUCAAAAGAGGAACAAGAGGAUGACGUUUGUAUGUAUUUUCUCAUUUAGUAAUUUCUCAUCUUUUCUUUCUGCCCAACUUCAAAUUUCACCAUCUCCUUUUCUGUACUCUGUGUAGCUUUUCUUCUUCUUAUUGAUCCUCCCCCAGUCAUUUUCUCCAAGCACCUAUCAAUUUCCCUCUAACCACACAGUGAUAAGCCUGUUACAUUCAACGGUUACCAUGGUGGUUGAUUGAUGUGACGGAGGGAGCUUCGGUAUAAAAAGAGAGUAAAUUACAGAGAGACGGGGAAAAAAUACUUGAGAAGGCAGGAAAAAAAGGGAGAGAUGCUUUAUUGAAACGAGCAUGUUUGCAAUGAGAACGCUUUGCUCAAACAGAGAAGGACAACACAAACUUUUGAACCUGGAGAUAAUUUCAAAGCAAGAGAGCCUGAUUUUUUCUCUGGAGAUCUGAAAUAAUUAUCAACAAAUGUCAACCUUAUAGUAUGUCAGAUACAUAAAAUAUAGACACAUAAUAUGUUUACAGCUUGUUUAACUGCCCCUAAGUGGCCAAAAUCAGGUUUAACAUUACAAGUCUCUUCUUUCAAUACAUUUGCUUAUGAGACAAGGGACUAUAUAGUCAUAUAUAUGUAUAAAACUGUAUAAAAGUGUAUUCAUAGUGCAUCGUCUGUGUUAUUUUAUCGAUCGACAGGCCCAGAUUCUUCCCAGCCUUCUAAGCAGCAACAAGAAAUGGACCUGGGAAGCCCGCCAGCGUCCACUACCCCCUCGCAGCCAUCAUCCACAGACUCCUCCUCCUCGCUCCACUCUCCUCCGCUAUCCCCGAAGUUCUCCCCUGGUCCUCAGCUCCCUGAUACACCUCCCGAACCUCCAGCCAUGGAAGACUGCAAUCCAGCCACAGGAUCGGACCUACACUCUGACUCCAGGGUCCUCACAGGAGGGGAGGAGGAGGAGGAUGUCAAGUCAGAGGAGAGUAAGGAGGCCAAGAGCAACAAAAAGCAACAUCUCCACUGUCCCACGUGUAAAGUGACGGUUAAUUCCAGCUCCCAGCUUGAGGCUCACUGCAGUGGUAAAUACUGCAAUACUACUGUUAACACAGCAUAAUUGUCAAUACUCAUAUUUUGAUGUCUUUUGGCAUAAGAUUGACAUGAAAAUGUUAAUUAAAUAUAAUGUUUUAUUGGUUUACAAAAGACAUCUCUAACAUCUGGUCUCUCUUGACUCAGGUUCCAAGCACAAACAGAUGCUUGAUGGUCAUAACAGUAACCAAUCACAACGUAGGGUCAAGAUGACAUUAUCCCCAAGACCCAACUACCGAAUCAAGCAGCGAAUUGGCAGUAAGACCAGAGCGAUUGUUGGUGGAUCCAGCCAACCUUUUUACUGUGAAAUGUGCCAGGUUUCUGUCAACUCUGAGUCACAGCUGAAGCAGGUAUGUUGAUUUAUCUAAUGUCAUAUCUACAGCUCAUUGUACUGCUGGAUAAGGAACUGACCUCUGUCCAAAAGAAAUACUUUUAAAAGGGCCUAAAAGUUCAACUAUCCCAGUCGUCAUCUCUUUUGUUUGUUUGUUUAUCUGUCAGACUGAAUCACAGCUCUGUAUGUGUGUGUUUUUUUUUUUUAGCACAUGAACAGCAGGAGACACAAAGAGCGUUUGGCAGGGAAGCCUGUCAAAGUCAAGUUCACCCCCUAUAAUAAACUACAGCCCAGCACUAUCUUAGCGGUAAGAGUUUGUCAAACAUGUGAAAAAACACAUUGAUUUUGUUGCUUUUACUUCCGCUCAUAUCACACAUGGUCUUUGAAGAACAUAUUCAGUAAAACGCUUACAUAAAUACACUCCAUGGAUACAAAUAGCAAACUCUGCCUGGCACCUGCCGCCAUAUUUUCAUGUCCAGCGAUUGCCAAGUUGUUGAUACAUUUAAUAACUAAAUGUCUCUAUUUGUUAGGUGAUAAGUCUGUGCUAUUUUUAAACUGGUGUCCCAUUUUCAGAGCCAAGGAGGCCUUAAAAUGAAGCUUAUUGAAUCCCUACACUCUAAAUUUACAGUGGAAAUAAGCUGGUAGAGCUCUAGGUUACUGCUUGAAGAUUGAAGGCUUCAAAUUUUUAAAUUUAAUAGAUUUUCAAUGUAUUUGUUCAGCCAGAAAGGAUUAUAAUAUCAGACUUUGGCUUCACCACUUUGGUUUUAGUUGAUAGGUACACUCUGUCAGAUCUGCCAGCAGACUCUCAGCUCUUUUUAACAGUCUACUGUCUUUGGUUUUAGACUAAACUGGCCCUGCAGAAGCAGCUAUCCAAGGCCCUGCCGGCAGGGUUCCUGACCAGCCCCCUUAAUCAAGCUGCCUUGUGCACCAUGGCCUCUGGUCCAUUGGCGCUACGGUUGCCACCUUGUCCUACAGCCAUCAUUCAGGGUCCUCUGAUCAGCCCCACCCUCUUUAGGCCUGCUCCUGGACCCCUGCGGGCCACACACACACCUAUCAUCUUCUCUCCUUAUUAGCAGUGGGCCAAACCAGACUGAAGAACCUCAUGAAAAAGACCUACCCUUGACAAGGCGGGUAUAGCAGAAAAGUUUAACUUGGCUGAUGAAGACAAAGCACCCUGCCGAAGACCGGGACACAAUGCUGUGACUGCAGGGGCAGAAUAUCAGCUUGUCAAAUCACGGGAACAGUAUGCACAAAUCCCCGGGUGUGGAUUGAGAUUUCAGCAGUGACUGACCAGUGCCCUUGUCCUUAAAAAAGGAAGAACCAUCGCUCAGCUGUUUUCCCUGGACAGCAAACUGUUGAGUGCAUGAUCCGAAGGGUCUGGACCCCUCUGGAAGCCAUAAUGACAAGCAUCUCUUCGAUUUAUUUAUAUGACAAUAACAGGCUAAUACACUAGGGUAUUUAAACGUCAAGUGUUUGUUGCUUCAGUUUUUUUACUUUAAAAACUUUUAGAGUUUCUCUCUGAGAGAACAAGUACUAUUCUUUGAGUCCAUAACCAAAUCUGAAUCAAGUAAAGCCAGAAAAAAGCUGGUUCUCCAUCAAGCCAUCGACUUUUACCAAGGCAAACAAAGGAGAUCCCUGCCUUUGGAUUACUGGGAACAAUGAAAACGAUCCGUCAUUGUCUGGUCUGGACCCCUGUCUUUUGUUAUUUAGAAUAAUGACAUGAAUUUAUUGUACUUUUGUGUCUUUCUCUCUGUGUAAAGAGAUGACAAUCAACCACCAACCAAGUACACUGACUGAAUGGAGAAAAGUUUAAUUUAGCACAUAUAGUUAUAGUAGUUAUAAAAGAUAAGAGGAAAAGUUAGCAGGUUUUCAACAGCUUGAUGCUGUCUGUGCAAUAUGAAGAGACAAGUUAUUGUGUGCUAUUCCCAAAUCUAAAUGAAAAAAAAAUCCUAUUAUAUGUAAAGAAUUGUAUGAUAAACAACAUUAUUUCACCUCCCCUUUCAUCUGAUUGUUCAUCUCAAGCAAUAUGUAUUUUUGAGUAUCAAUUAAAUUAAUGACUAUUGUAACUGUGCAUCAACUGCAAUAAUGUAAAUAACUAUGUGCUGAACAUGUAAAUAUUGUAACUUAUAUGAACUUAUAAAAAUACUCUUUUUUUAUAACUUGUGGUUUCUGUUUUUCCAUGAUUUCUAAUAUCAGUUAUUAGUUGAUAAGUCCUUCAUGAUUGAUUUGAUUAAGGAUAUGAUUAGGAAUAUCAGCUCCAAUAACUCACAUUUGCACUGCUCUUAUUUCAGGUCAGUCAAAUUAAUUGACAUCCAUGUAGAUUCUCAUUCAUCCAGGUCAUGGUUUUUUCUUGAAAUCUCCAAAUCUGGCAGCUCCACAGAGUCCAGUUGCUGGAUUUUGAAGAUUUCGACAAAUUGAGUGACUAAGUAGAAAAUUAAAAAGACCUUUUCGUGAAACAAAAAUUGUAAGUCUGCUUAUGUAAGUGUUGAAUUAGUAAACUAAGGAUUCAAACCCCCAACUUAUAAAAAUACUCUUAAUUAUAUCUUGUGGUUGCUGUUUUUUUCCCCCAUAAUUUCUGUUAUCAGUUAUUAGUUGAUAAGUCCCUCAUGAUUGCUUUGAUUAGGGAAUAUUGGCUCCAAUAACUCGCAUUUUUACUGCUCUUAUUUCAGGUCAGUUAAAUUAAGUGUCUAAGUAGAAAAUUAAAAAGACCUUUUCGUGAAAUAAAAAUUGUAGGUCUGCUUGUAUGAGUGUUGAACUAAAGAUUCAAAACCCAACUUAUAAAAAUACUCUUUUUUUAUAUAUUGUGGUUUUCUGUUUUUUUCAUGAUUUCUCUUAUUUCACGUCACUCAGGUUCUUUCAGACAUCUUGCGAUGCAUACUUGGAC